GCAGGUCUUGGGAGCUGCCUUAGAGGGCUGGAGAGGAACACAGGAGGAGGGGAAGAGAAAAAAACCCCGUCGUGGAUUCAGGGUGAGACCAAAUAAAAGAUGCCGGGGCUGAAACCGUCCCUGAUCUACGCUUGGGAUAGGGCAGCGCGGGCUGUGUUGGCUCGCUGGAGAGAGAGAAAUGCACUCUGCACAUGAUCAGAGAAACAUUCCCUUGUUCCUUUUGAAUCACGUCGCGUUUGGCGAGGCUCUCUGCAGAAAGCAGGCUCCGGCUCCCAAGAAAGCUGAACUUCGGGGCGGAGUUCGUGUUUUUUCAAUCGCGAGCCGGGCCACGUGCUCCAUAGAUCCCGGCGGAAAAAGAAACUGGCGGGCGGACCGCGACGAGAACUACUUCUCCAAGGUCUGAGGAGCGGAGGUUGGGACUGCGAGAGCCCUCGACUGCGAGCGGGCGGUACUACUCGGGAGCAAGCCUCCCACCCACACACCCGUCUCUGCCUCGGGUGACCAUUGAACUCCAUCCAAGGCAGGCUCGCCGGCUCCACGGACGGGACCCCUGCGAUGCCCUCGUGGCCUUUCGCUUCGGCGCCCUGCUCUGCAACAGUCGCCUCGGGGGCUCCGCUCGCCGUCGAGGAUCGCGUGGUUUGUUGUUGCCGCCGCCGCCGCCAGGCUCUGGGAACCGGCGGCCAGCCAGCCCGCCCAACGUGUUGCCUGCGGCGGAUCGAGUGAGAUGGGCCGCCGGGGGGCGCACCGGUAGGGCGCGCCGUCGGGCGGCGAUGGGGUGCCGCGGGGUGUGCUGCUGCCCCGCGCCCGGCCUGUACGCCUUCAACGAGGACAACGCCCGCUUCGCGCUCCUGGCCGUCCUGAUCGUCUCGUACCUGCUGUGCGGCGCGGCCGUCUUCUCCGCCCUCGAGCGGCCCACGGAGCUGCGAGCGCAGGAGAAGUGGCUGGAGAGGCUGGAGAACUUCUCGCUCAGGUUCAACCUCACGCCGGCCGAGCUGCAGGAGCUGCUGCGCGAGUACGAGGGCGCCUACGUGGCUGGCAUCCGAAUCAACAACACGCUGCCCCGGUGGGAUUUCCCGGGGGCUUUUUAUUUCGUGAGCACCGUGGUCUCCACCAUAGGUAAGCGGGAGAAAGCCGCGGAGGGGAGCGCACGGUCGCGCCUUUUCUCUGCCUGCCUCUUCCUUUUCUCUUCCUCCAUCACCAAGAAGGGGCAUCUCUCUCAGGCUUUGGGUUACUUGCGAGCACUUUUCCAAAUCAGAAAACACGGUAAUGUACGAAGGGUGGGGGGGGGCCGAGUAAAAAGCACAUGUGCGUUUCACAGUUCAGUGUUGGAAGCUGUGAUGGACUGGGUAUGCUCUAAAAUACAUGCCUGUGCUAUUGUCAAAUGGAGGGUUUUGUGCUUAGAAAAGCAUCUCACUUGCAUCUCCCUAGGGCAAAGUCAGGCUCACUUUGGGAAGUUCAAUUUUAAUGCCUCUGCACUGGCAAUGCAAGUCAAUUUUCCAGUAACUCUUUCUUCCUUCCUUCCUUCCUUCCUUUCCUCCUUAUCUCUAGGCUCUGUCCACCUGCUGUAUGUUUUGCUUUUUUAUAAUAUUUCCCUGAAGUACCACCAAGCUCCUUUAUUCCUUUAUUAACUGUACGUUAGCAAUGACUAGUUUGAUCCGUUUUCAUUGUUGGUUCUGGUUUUGCCUUUGUGAAUGAACUUUAGUUCAGCUGUCCAGAGGUGUGAAACCUGUGAAAACGUUCCGGGGGUGGGGGGCGUGUUACAUGAGAAUUGGAUUUGUUCAGAUGUUUAUAACUACAUUUUAUUUUUGCAUUGUUUUAUAUUAUUGAGACCAUAUGUAGAGAGGCCCAGGAUAUAAAUCCUCCAAAAUAUAUUUCCCAUCCCAAGCAUUUGAAAAUAUUUUUCCUUAACGAGCUGUGUUAUGAUAUAACAAGCUUUGACGUUAACCGAAUUGACAAGUCUCUGUAAUAAUAGCAUUUAGCAGAUGAGAUUGACUUUUAAAGUAUCCCAGCUGUGCAGUUUUCUGCUUUUGACAGUGAGCUCCACAGGUUGUUUUAUGCACAGCACACCUUUUCUUUCAUAGCUUGGGUUAUUUACAGUCUGGUGUGCGUAGGUGAUGUCUUUGAGACAUCCCACUUAGGCUGCUGGUGUAUUGGGGCUACUUUUCACUCACGACACUGACAGCGCUUUUCCUUUUCCUGCAUUUGAGGGGAGGUGUGAAUGUAAAAACCUACUUAAUGGCUGGAUUCAGUAUGGAAAGUGAAUUAUACAAACUCCUGUGGGAAAGCCCUGUAAAUGGCUGUUCGCAAUGAAAAGUGGGACCUGCUAUCAGGAGAGGUCCUGUUCAGAAUUCUAGCCAGCCAGCCUUGCCCUUUUUCAGGAUAUUCCAUUCUCCCCUCUGCAAUCUACUAGCAUUCAAUAUCCAUUGAGCAUGUUCAGCCCUCACUGAAAGAUCUCCCCUUUGUUUUCCUUCCUAAAAACGAUUUAUUUAUAGCUUACUUCUGCAAACUUCUGGGUUUCCCUGAGCCAGCUGGUACCUCCCUCUUGUGAAUGGAUUGUGCCAUUUUGGCUGCAUAAGGAUCUGCACUGGGAGAAUGGACUCAUGAAUUUCAUAUAGUAGGGAUGGGGAAUGUGUGGCUGCUCUGGUGUCGCUGAACUACUGCUCCCAUCAUCCCUGGCCAUUGGUCCCAUGCUAGCUGGUGCUGAUGGGAGUCAUAAAUGACAACAUGGGGUGCUGCUGUUGGGUUUCCCUAUCCCUGUUUUAUAUAAGAUGGAUAAACUGUUUCUGACAGCAUGCCACUGAACACCAAUUGCUACAACAGGGAAAGGCUGCUUGCCUUCAAGUUCUGCUUGUAAGUUCCUAAGAAGCAUCUUAGGUUGGACCUUUGAUCCUGCAGGAAUCUAAGAAACUGCUUUAUACCAUGUUAGACCAUUGGGCAGAGGUGUACCUAGAGGUUGGCGAAACCAGCCCCCACUGGGGGUGUAGGCCUGAGGCAGGGUGCAGCAAUCACCUAUCAGGUGUUGGGAGUCCUCCCAAGACACCUGGAGCUCCUUCGCCCUCAGCUCAGGGAAUCUGCCAGGAUCUCCAGCAGGAAAAGCUGCUGCUGCUGGAGGGGACAAAAGGACUCACUGGAAUGACGUCUAGGCAGGAAGCAUGUUCCUCCUAUCCAGGCAACCUUGCCUGCUUCUUUCUUUCAGCGGGUGGGAGGGAUGCCAGUACAGCUCUUUGCCAAGGGCACAAGGGACCCUGAGUACGCCUCUGCCAUUGGGCCAUCUAGCUUAUAACUGGGGACACUGACUUGCAGAGGCUCUUCUGGGUAUCAGGCAGAGGGCAUUUCUAGCUCUUGAGAGCCAGUGUGGUGUAGUGGUUAAGAGCGGGAGACUUGUAAUCUGGUGAACCGGGUUCGAUUCCCUGCUCCUCCACAUGCAGCUGCUGGGUGACCUUGGGCUAGUCACACUUCUUUGAAGUCUCUCAGCCCCACUCACCUCACAGAGUGUUUGUUGUGGAGGAGGAAGGGAAAGUAGAAUGUUAGCCGCUUUGAGACUCCUUUGGGUAGUGAUAAAGUGGGAUAUCAAAUCCAAACUCUUCUUCUCCACCUAGAGAUGCUGGGGAUUGAACUUUGGAACCUUUUCCAUGCAAAGUGUUUGCUCUACCACUGAGCUGCAGCCCUUCUUAUGUUCCUAAAUGGUGCUGCUAUUCAGCUUCACCAAUGCAAGAGAUGUUGACCAGUGCUUGUAAGGACUCAUCAACACUCAUAUCCCACCAUGCUUUUCCGGUUUGUAUCAGGGUUCUCUUCACACCCACCCACACCCGGCUACGUUCCUCGUGGAAACCAGCUCUUUAACGCUCUUGGCAAUCCUCAGAAACCUGAAUUAUCGUUUGCUCCAAUUCAGCAUUAGAGAGUGCAUUUUCCUGGGGAAAACGGGGGGCGGAGGAGUGCUUACGCUGGGACUAGGAAACACAGGUCUGAGCGUGGAAAGCAUGGGCAGAAGCCUAGUGUGGAUGAGCCUUUCGUGUCAUUCAUGGAAAUGAACAUCAAGAGAUGAUGUGUCAGUGUAGACAGGGCAGCUUCUUGGGUGGUCUGCAGGUGCCACAUCUGAGGUUAAAAUAAGAAAACCUGAAGCUUUACUGGUUUUCCAGUUGACAACCAACACACAUUCCAUCACAAACCUUCUGAGUUUUUGCAGUGAAGGCUAAGCCAGCUUCUUACUCUUCACCCCUUCAGCAAUGACUUACACCUUCUGCUGCUGCUUGCAGUGGCUGUUGCUCCCAGUUAUCUUAGGGUAUGGAAUGCUAUCACAAGCAACGCACACAGUCAAGUGAUGGUCCCCAGGGCUGGUAGCAAAGUCAUGAACUGGCCCACUCCACAGUUGUUGUUGUUUAAAUAGACUAUUUCAGCUCUAGAAGACAAUUGCAGAAUUUGAAUUUGCUGCAAAACGGAGAAGACAGCAAGCACACUUGCAUAAGGUUUUUGGGUUUUUUUAAUGCCAUGCAGGGACUAAUGUAUUUGUAAUUUGAGACAUUUCAAUGAAAUUGGCCACCAGGCAUCUCAUUUCCUGUGUAAACUAGUCAUCAGUGAAUGAUGGCAUCUCUAGAACACUGCUUUGCAGGGAUUCAAACUUAAUGCUGAGCCUCUGUGGGUUGUUUUUGAUUGUCUGGAAUACUUUUUUUGAAGUUGGGUGCUGGGUAGAAAUCUCUUUUAUGUGGGCUGAGGUCUACGUUACAUACACAUCUGAACCGGGGACUGGUUUAAUCUUUUAUUCCAAACCACAACGUGAGAUGCAGAUGAGAUUUUAUAAAGCAUGGCUUACUAAGGGGAUGCAAGUGGUGUUGUGGUCUAAACCACUGAGCCUCUUGGGCUUGAUGAUCGGAAGGUCGGUGGUUUGAAUCCCUGCGACAGGGUGAGCUCCCGUUACUCUGUCUCAGCUUCUGCCAACCUAGCAGUUCGAAAGCACACCGGUGCAAGUAUAUAAAUAGGUACCGCUGCGGUGUGAAAGUAAAUGGUGUUUCAGUGUGUUCUGGCAUUUGUCACGGUGUCCUGUUGCACCAGAAACGGUUUAGUCAUGUUGGCCCAUGAUCCAGAAAGCUGUCUGCAGGCAGCCUUUAUAUUUUGAAAAAAACCGCACACAUUUUUACCAUUUUGUCACCCCCCUCAUUGAUGACACCCGGGUCGGCCCGCACCUACCACACACCCCUUCCUACGCCACUGCCUGUCACCCCUUGCGAUUGGCCAUGCUGGUUGGGGGUGAUGGAAGUUGGCAUCCAAAAGUUCUGGAGGGGAUACCAGUUUGGGGAAAUUUGCUGUAGUACAACUAAGUAUCCCUCAUUCCAGUCCUAAAUAGGCAUAAGUAAGAUUUCUUAGGUAUGGUUUGCCUUCAGUCUACCACACACUCAUGAAUAUAAAGCUUGCUUGUUUUUUCUGCCUUUGAAUUGAUCUUUCUUAGGAAUGGCUUACUCACUGGCUUAUUUGUAGUGAUACGCAGCUAUGAGCUGAAAAUCAGUAGUGCUGAAGAUCUUCAAAAGAGACAUGGACUCUAUGUUCCCAGCAAUAAGUAGUUUUUCAGGAACAGGCUUUCUUAAGACACAUUUCUAUUAAUAAUAAAACUCCUUCGUCACUAAUACACCUUGAUACAGGAGGAGGCCAUGGCCUCUGGCUGCUUCACAGUUUGUUUAGUUGAUAAUAGAUGAAACAAAGUCAUAGAUUUGUCAGAAUAUCCGCCUGGAAACCACUGAGCUACUACUGCUACGUUUCCAAUUAGCCAAGCCCCAAUUUGGACUCUCAUCAUCACCUCAUUAUGGGCAAGAGUAAUUAAAUAUUAUGAAACGUCACUCUUUUAAAGACAAAUGCAAGAGAUUGUGAUAAUGAAAACUAUCCUCUGUAGUUUAUCUAAGUUGGUAAGAACAUAAGGAGACAUCCUGCUCCCCACAGUGACCAACCAGUUGCCCAUGGAAAGCUCACAAGCAGGACACAACAACACACUCCUGCUUGCAUUUGCCAGCAACCAGUAUUCAGAGACAUGCUGCCUCUGACAUUUACUUUCCACCUUUCCCAAUGAGACAAGAACAUAAGAAUAGUGUGCUGGUCCUGUGGGUUACCCGAGAGGCGAGGUCCAAGUCCGGUACAUGGUCAAAGGUGCAAUGUGGAGGCAGUCCAUAGUAGCUGAAGCUGGGUGCAGGGCAGGGAGUCGGGUGAAGUCAGGAACAGGCAUGCAAGCAGGGAGCCAGGGCGGGUCAGGAGCUCUGGCAGAAAAGCAGGACAGGGUUAAGGCAUGAACUAGCAACCAACAAUGUUGCUCCCGCAACUUGGGACUGGGGCUGGCCGGCUUUUAUCUGCCCCGAGGCACAGGGUGGCCUCAAUCCUCUGGUGACUUGCCUCUCCUGGCCUGGAGGCGAGCACUCCUCUCGCGGGAAUUUAGUUCCCUCUGCCCUGAGCCUCUGUAGCUCAGGAGAGGCUGGAGGGUUACCGGACCCAGCGGCAACCUCAGCUUCCUCUGACGGGGCUGAGAGUGGAGCACCUGCAGGCUAUGGGUCCUCCAUCACCUCAGGGACCAGAGCAGACUCAGCUGGUGCCUGCACCUGAGGAUCCAGCACAGGUGAGGACCCUUCAGGCUCAUGCCCCAGCUCUGGCUCAGCUGGUUCUGGAGGCAGGGAAUCCUGUGCAGGCUAGGAUCCCUCAGGUUCAGCAUCCGAGUCCGAAUCCCAGGCCAUCACAAACAGUACUGCUAGAUCAGAUCAAAGGCCCAUCUAGUCCAGCAGUCUGUUCUCACAGUGGCCAACCAGAUGCCCAUGGGAAGACCACAAGCAGCGCAACACUCACAAUUCACAGCCACUGGAGCACAGAAGCAAAUCACCUUUCAUAGAAUCAUAGAAUCAUAGAGUUGGAAGAGACCACAAGGGCCAUCGAGUCCAACCCCCUGCCAAGCAGGAAACACCAUCAGAGCACUUCUGACAUAUGGUUGUCAAGCCUCUGCUUAAAGACCUCCAAAGAAGGAGACUCCACCACACUUCUUGGCAGCAAAUUCCACUGUCGAACAGCUCUUACUGUCAGGAAGUUCUUCCUAAUGUUUAGGUGGAAUCUUCUUUCUUGUAGUUUGGAUCCAUUGCUCCGUGUCCGCUUCUCUGGAGCAGCAGAAAACAACCUUUCUCCCUCCUCUAUGUGACAUCCUUUUAUAUAUUUGAACAUGGCUAUCAUAUCACCCCUUAACCUCCUCUUCUCCAGGCUAAACAUGCCCAGCUCCCUUAGCCGUUCCUCAUAAGGCAUGGUUUCCAGGCCUUUGACCAUUUUGGUUGCCCUCCUCUGGACACGUUCCAGUUUGUCAGUGUCCUUCUUGAACUGUGGUGCCCAGAACUGGACACAGUACUCCAGGUGAGGUCUGACCAGAGCAGAAUACAGUGGCACUAUUACUUCCCUUGAUCUAGAUGCUAUACUCCUAUUGAUGCAGCCCAGAAUUGCAUUGGCUUUUUUAGCUGCCGCGUCACACUGUUGGCUCAUGUCAAGUUUGUGGUCAACCAAGACUCCUAGAUCCUUUUCACAUGUACUGCUCUCAAGCCAGGUGUCCCCCAUCUUGUAUUUGUGCCUCUCAUUUUUUUGCCCAAGUGCAAUACUUUACAUUUCUCCCUGUUAAAAUUCAUCUUGUUUGUUUUGGCCCAGUUCUCUAAUCUGUCAAGGUCGUUUUGAAGUGUGAUCCUGUCCUCUGGGGUGUUAGCCACCCCUCCCAGUUUGGUGUCAUCUGCAAAUUUGAUCAGGAUGCCCUUGAGUCCAUCAUCCAAGUCGUUGAUAAAGAUGUUGAAUAAGACCGGGCCCAAGACAGAACCCUGUGGCACCCCACUAGUCACUCUUCUCCAGGAUGAAGAGGAACCAUUGAUGAGCACCCUUUGGGUUCGGUCAGUCAGCCAGUUACAAAUCCACUGAGUGGUAGCAUAGUCAAGACCGCAUUUUACCAGCUUCUUUACAAGAAUAUCAUGGGGCACCUUGUCAAAUGCCUUGCUGAAAUCAAGGUAGGCUACAUCCACUGUGUUCCCUUCAUCUACCAGGCUUGUAACUCUGUCAAAAAACGAGAUCAGGUUAGUCUGACAUGACUUAUUUUUCAGAAAUCCAUGCUGACUAUUGGUGAUCACAGCAUUCCUUUCUAGGUGCUCACAGACUGUUUGCUUAAUGAUCUGCUCCAGAAUCUUCCCUGGUAUUGAUGUCAGACUGACUGGGCGGUAAUUAUUUGGGUCCUCUCUUUUCCCCUUUUUGAAAAUAGGGACAACAUUUGCCCUCCUCCAGUCUGCCGGGACUUCGCCUGUUCUCCAGGAAUUCUCAAAGAUGACUGCCAGUGGUUCUGAGAUCACAUCUGCCAGUUCUUUUAAUACUCUUGGAUGCAGUUCAUCUGGCCCUGGAGACUUGAAUACAUCUAAACUAGCCAAGUAUUCUUGUACUAUCUCCUUAGUUAUUCUGGGCUGUGUUUCCUUUGCUGAAUCAUUUGCUCCAAAUUCUUCAGGUCGGGCAUUGUUUUCUUUAUCGGAGAAGACUGAGGCAAAGAAGGCAUUGAGGAGUUCAGCCCUUUCUGUGUCCCCUGUUUGCAUUUCACCAUCUUCUCCUCUGAGUGACCCCACUGUUUCUUUGUUCUUCCUUUUGCUACGAACAUACCCAUAAAAGCCUUUUUGUUGCUUUUAACCUCUCUAGCAAGCCUGAGUUCAUUCUGUGCUUUAGCUUUUCUGACUUUGUGUCUACACGUGCUGGCUAUUUGUUUGAAUUCCUCUUUGGUGGUUUCCCCCUUUUCCAUUUUUGUACACAUCCUUUUUAAUCUUAACUCAGUUAAAAGUUCUUUAGAUAGCCACUCUGGCUUCUUUAGGCACCUUCCAUGUUUCCGUCUCAUUGGUAUUGCCUGACGUUGUGCUUUUAGUAUCUCCUCUUAACAAACUCCCAGCCAUCAUGAACUCCCUUUCCUUUUAGUAUUACUGUCCAUGGGAUCUCACCCAGCACUUCCCUAAGUUUUAUGAAGUCGGCUUUCUUAAAGUCAAGAAAUUGAGUCCUAGUAUGCUUGGCUGCUCCUUUCCGCUGUAUAGUAAACUUCAGAAGAGCAUGAUCACUCGCGCCUAAUGAUCCUUCCACUUCUACCCCACUAACCAGGUCAUCAACAUUGGUUAGGACCAGAUCUAAAAUGGCUGUUCCUCUUGUUGCUUCUCCCACUUUCUGGACAAUGAAGUUGUCUGCAAGGCCAGUGAGGAAUCUGUUUGACCUUAUGCUCUUGGCUGAGUUUGACAUCCAACAAAUAUCCGGGUAAUUGAAGUCCCCCAUUACUACUAUCUCCCUUCCUUUUGCAUGCUUGGCCAUCUGUUCCAGGAAGGCAUCAUCUAUGUCCUCCGUUUGGCUUGGGUACUCCGUUUGGCUUGGCUUUGAUACUGAAGACAGCACACAGCCAUCAUGACAGUUACUGCUGUUAUUGUUGUUAUUUAUUAAUCACCUUCUGCAUAUGUCCCAAGGUAAUAUAGAGAAAACAGUUACAAAACAGCUCAAAAAAUAACAGAAGCUGAGGUCAAGAACAAUAUAAAACAAGACAUCUGCGGCAGAUUCAUCUAGCUAGGAAAACCAUUGAUGGUCACAUACCCCAUGAAUUUUUUUUCUGCUAUUUUAAGACAAAUGUUAAAUGAAUAGGGCAAAACAGCUGCAAAACCAAGCCUAUCUGUGUGUGUGUGUGUGUGUGUGUGUGUGUGUGUGUGUAGUAUUAAUGCAGGGGCGCUGAAUUGCACCCAACAUUGGGGGGGUCCAUCGUGCAUCAUUCUAAAUUAAAACACUUUACAUUCUAUUUAUUUUAGUAGCAGAAAUUUGCACAUGUACCUGUUUUGCAUGGGUCUUUUGUCUGGCUUAUGGUCCAACUAUGCUCCCUAGAAUAAAGUUCUCUUUUCCUAUCAGAUGCCCAAACUAACUUUUGGAACCUGUUGCCUCCCACACAUCUGCUUCUGUUUCUAUUAAUUAACUGUGCGCUUCUGAUUUGAAAAUACUGGAAUAAAGGUCUCCUAAAAGAUAUCUGAUGGCAAAUUUCCACAAGUUUUCCCUCUUGAUGUCAAAAUGUGUUUCCAUGGCUUAUCUAACUAGAACAGGAACAAAGGGAAACCACUUCCAUUUGCUUUAAACUGUUUAGAAAGAUAACAAAUUGUGAUGGGGAAUAUACAGUUUAUGCUGAUAUUCUCUGCCCCUUCUAUUCUCAGUUGGUAAGACCCUGUAGGCAAUAUAAUUCUUAAGUCUUCCUGUCAACUUGCAAAAGUAGUUUAACUCUGUGUAAAGCAGACCGGGACCAGGGCUUUUGAAAACUAUAAAUAUGCAUCUGAAAUAAAUUGUGCAGAAGUGUUGUCUUCUUCAGAUGGCAUUCUUUACUCGUGAAAGCCACACAUAUAUAGAGUGCUGCAACGAUACCCACCUGGGUUCACAAGCAAAGUUGAAUCCUCAACUUGAAAGAGCCGUGUGACACAAAGGCCCAAGAACCUUUUAUCAACAGACUAAUGGAGUUAGGCAUUUGUUCUUUCUGCCAGUCUGCAUUUCUCUAUGUGGGUGAAUGACAAAAAAUAUUUGGACAAAGCUGCUCUUCUCGAAUCCCAUCAUCUAUGAACAUUGUGCUAAAUCAUCCUUCAGCAACCUGGUGCCCUCAAAUACUGCUUUGGGGGUAUUAGCCUGGGCAAAUCAGUAGGUGGGAUGUGUUUUAUAUUUUUCUUCUGAGCCAUAAAAACACCCUACAGUCUAUUUUUGAUGCAUUUCCUCCUUAGCCAGGCUCAGAGGCUGUAAAUACAGUGGUACCUCAGGUUACAUAUGCUUCAGGUUACAUACACUUCCGGUUACAGACUCCGCUAACCCAGAAAUAGUGCCUCAGGUUAAGAACUUUGCUUCAGGAUGAGAACAGAAAUCGUGCUCCAGCGGCGCAGCAGCAGCGGGAGGCCCCAUUAGCUAAAGUGGUGCUUCAGGUUAAGAACAGUUUCAGGUUAAGAACGGACCUCCGGAACGAAUUAAGUACUUAACCCAAGGUACCACUGUAAAUCACAUUGGGAGAGGUGGCAAGGUAAUAUGGGGGCUGUUUGUAGCUUUGUAGCAGGGAUUGAAAGCCUUUGGGGGGGGCAGCUAACCUUCCAGUGUUGAGUGUGGUCAUCCACAUUCUACAGUGGUGCCUCGCAAGACGAAAUUAAUCCGUUCCGCGAGUGUCUUUGUCUAGCGGUUUUUUCGUCUUGCGAAGCAACCCUAUUAGCGGAUUAGCGCUAUUAGCGGUUUAGCGGCUAUUAAAGGCUUAGCGGCUUAGCGGCUUAGCUGCUAAAAGGCUAUUAGCGGCUUAGCGGCUUAGAAAAAGGGGGGGAAAAAAUCUCAAGACUCGCAAGACAUUUUUGUCUUGCGAAGCAAGCCCAUAGGGAAAUUCGUCCUGCGAAGCAACUCAAAAACGGAAAACCCUUUCGUCUAGCGGGUUUUCCGUCUUGCGAGGCAUUCGUCUUGCGGGGCACCACUGUACACAUGAAGGUUUGCACAGACACGAGGUUUAUUCUAAGCUCCCCUCCGUCCCAUGCGCAAGCAGCCAGCACACUCCCCACCCCUCACCCUUUUGUAGUGUCCUGCUGUAUGCUAGAAUAAGCCCUGCAUACAGGACAUAGAUAAAGGUAAAGGGACCCUUGACCGUUAAGUCCAGUUACGGAUGACUCUGGGGUUGCGGCGCUCAUCUCAUUUUACUGGCCGAGGGAGCAAGUGUUUGUCCGCAGACAAGCAUGACUAAGCUGCUUCUGGCGAACCAGAGCAGCGCACGGAAACACUGUUUACCUUCCCGCUAGAGUGGUACCUGUUUAUCUACUUGCACUUUGACGUGCUUUCGAACUGCUAGGUUGGCAAGAGCUGGGACUGAGCAACGGGAGCUCACCCCAUCGCGCAGAUUCGAACCGCCGACCUUCUGAUCAGCAAGCCCAGAAAAGUUGGCAGCCACUAGGGAAAGCUUGGCGAGCCAGAUCAGGCCUGCAGGCCAGUGGUUUUCUCAGGCUGUGUGAAGGAGGCGCCAGGGGAACAUUUAGAGGUCAAACCUAGUCCCCUUAGUCCAGGGGUCAGCAACCUUUUCCAGCCGUGGGCCGGUUCACCGUCCCUCAGACCUUGUGGGCGCCGGACUAUUUUUUUUGGGGGGGGGAUGGACGAAUUUCUAUGCCCCACAAAUAACCCAGAGAUGCAUUUUAAAUAAAAGCACACAUUCUACUCAUGUAACAACACGCUGAUUCCCAGACCGGAUUGAGAAGGCAAUUGGGCCGGAUCCGGCCCCCAGGCCUUAGUUUGCCUACCCCUGCCUUAGUCCAAUGACCACACACCACCGCUCAUUGUGUUACAUUGGGCAAAUUCAUGUGUUCUGGGGGGAAAAAAAUCUAAUAUGAGUAUGAACUGUGUAGACCAGGGGUGGAGGACCUCCAAGCCUCUCUAGCUGGUUCUGAUAAUUCUCCUCAGGCUGCUCACCUUCUUCUGACACCAAAGACACUGGCUCUGCUUUGCGCCCUAUUUUUGCCUGCCUGGAGUGCAUCCUUGAAGUCUGAUAAUUUCUCUUGUUCUCCUAGGUGGAGCAGAGAGGCGUGUGCGCAGAAACCAGCCUUCUGUAAAUUUGUCCAUUUUGUUGCUCUGUUUGUGCUUUGUUUUAUUAAUUCCCAGCUCAUCUCAAAGACCGCUCCUCCCCUGGGAAAAGUUUUUUUCACAAAUAAGUAAGGCAUUUAGAAUUGUUCCCCGAUUCAGCACACAGCAAUCUUUUGUCUUAUGUAUCUUUCUCAGGCUCUUCUUACCAAGUUACGUUUCCCAGGCUUGGACUGUGAAAUUUGUAACAUUGCAGAACAUGUGAAGGCCACUUGCUUGAUUAAAAAUAAAAUAAAAAUGGUGCUUAUUUUAAAGAAAAGAAACAAAAAUGUUUCUCUGUCCCACUAGUGGACCUCCUCUCCCUCCCACACCCAGUUAAGUUGGCAUCUUAUUAGUUAAUUGCCAACAGGGGAACCAAAAAAGCUAAAGAGAGAUUCAAGAUGGCUCCUUGAUGAAGCGUGACUCUGGUUGGAAAGACCCUUUAAGACUUACUUAAAAAUAAAGUUUUGAUGAACUUGUUUAAGCUUAAAGAUAAGACAGUGUAUCAUAACAUCUGUGGGCCACCAGAUGUUGGAUAGCUUCCAGCAGCAUGGCCAGUAGUAAGGGUUGUUGGGAGUUGUGGACCAGUAACAGCUGGAGGCCCACAGGCUCCCCCCCCCGUUCCAUGUUAAUGCUGUUGCUGUCAUGGGGAUUACUGGGAAAUACUGGGUUUCCCCAGCCACUCUGGGUAGCUUCCAACAGAAUAUUAAAAUACAAUAGUCUAUUAAACAUUAAAAGCUUCCCUAAACAGGGCUGCCUUCAGAUGUCUUUUAAAAGUCUGGCAUUUGUUUUUCUCUAUGACAUCUGGUGGGAGGAUAUUCUACCGGGCGGGUGCCACUACUGAGAAGACCCUCUGCCUGGUUCCCUGUAACUUGGCAUCUAACAGUGAGGGAAUCGCCAGAAGGCCCUUGGCACUGGACCUCAGUGUCCGGGCAGAAUGAUGGGGGUGGAGACGCUCCUUCAGGUAUACUGGACCGAGGCCGUUUAGGGCUUUAAAGGUCAGCACCAACACUUUGAAUUGUGCUCGGAAACGUACUGGGGGCCAGCGUAGGUCUUUCAAGACCAGUGUUAUGUGGUCUCAGCGGCCACUCCCAGUCACCAGUCUAGCUGCCGCAUUCUGGAUUAGUUGUAGUUUCCGGGUCACCUUCAAAGGUAGCCCCACAUAGAGCGCAUGUCAGUAGUCCAAGCGAGGGAUAACUAGAGCAUGCACCACUCUGGCGAGACAGUCUACGGGAAGGUAGGAUCUCAUCCUGCGUACCAGAUGGAGCUGAUAAACAGCUGCCCUGGACACGGAUUUGACCUGUGCCUCCAUGGACAGCUGUGAGUCCAAAAUGGCUCCCAGGCUGCGCACCUGGUCCUUCAGGGGCACUGUUGCCCCAUUCAGGACAGGGAGUCCUCCACACCUGCCCGCCUCCUGUCCCCCCAAAACAGUACUUCUGUCUUAUCAGGAUUCAACCUCAAUGGGCAAGAUGCUGGACUUCUGGCACAAUCGAUAGUGUAGGAACCAAGGGCAAGCGGCGGCGGCAGCACCGCAGAGGUAUCAUGCGCAGGCUUUUAGCUAGCAGCAUGCCAUGCAGAAGAGGGACGUUUGGUGACCCUAAAGUUAAAAAAAAACCAUGCCAUCUGCAGAAUGGAGACUGCUGUGGGUUAGUUGAACCAGCAGUCUGUUUUGGAAGCUCCUCUGAAAACGAAUGACAACUAGUCUCUGUUGAAGGCUUUAAGCUGUAAACCAAGACACUUGAACUAUUCAGUAUAAUUACUGAUAGACACCAUGUUCCAAUAAGAAAUUUACUUGGAAUCAGCAAAAUGGAAAGAUUUUCUAAGGAGUGCUUGCACUCUUCAUUCCUCCCGCCCCCCACCCUAGAGCUGUAUUUCUGAUAAAAUUUUGUUAUUUUAGAACCCUUCUUCUUUUUGUAGUCUUCUGUUCUUGGAAUGAAGAGUGCCAUUGUUACGUUCUUCACACCUUCUAUGGUGGUACUAUCUUAUAUAAGGACUCUCUGAUCUUGUAACAGUCUAUAACCUCUCCUUUUUUUCCUUUUUUCUUUUUAGAAUGUGCUAACGUAACAUUGCCAGUAUGCUUUAUUUGAUUAGUAAAGAGAAGUCUUGUUACCUAGGGUUGGUGCAUGUGUUUUAUUUUGUUCUGUCUUUAUCCCUUUUCCAGAAUAACUCUUCAAAUGAGAUUGGGUUUUUUCCCUCCCAAGAGCUGAAGAGCAUCACAGUAGCUACAGCUGUAAUCUUCCUGAUUUCCUAAACACAUCCAUUAGAAAAUAUGCAGGUAUUAAUCCCAUAGCAAAUAAUGACUUUAAUUAAACCCCCAUGAAUUCUUCAAGGGGAACACUCUUAAUCUGUCAUUUGGACCAAUGUAAUCGUGGGAUUAUGUGGAAUAUUAAAAAUGAUUGGGAUGAAAUUUUAUGAGGAUUAAAGUUUUCAUGAAACACUGACAGUGGUUUGAAUUAUUCCUUGACAAUGUGCUUCUUAUACAGAUUUUAUUGGCAUGUUUUGGGUAUAAGGUGGCCAGGAGCAAAAGAGAGCAGGGCUCCUGCAUGUUUAAUAGUUGUGUAGAAGAAGGAAUUUCAACCAUUGUAGUGUGGGAAUGUUCAGGGUGGCAGGAGAGGAUAUAUUGUUUAUUGAUAGACUUCCUAACUUGCGCUAGCAAGUUUCUUCAUGUAGCAGAGUUACAUUCCCCUUUCUUACAUGCACAGCAGAUAGCUUGUUGCAGGCUCGUGUAAGCCUUCCCACUAUUAUACAGUUCAGUCUGUUUCAAAUCGAAUAGUACAUUCCUGGUAAAUUCCCUUUAAUCCCCUUAAAAGAAUAAAGACAUGACAAUCUUAUUUAAAGUCAAGAAAAUAAGUUUACUCACAUCAGUUCACAGUUGGAUUCCUGAAGGCAGACUUCGUUACAAAUAUGUACAUGUGGAUCUACCUCAUAUGGGGAAAUAAUCCCAGUGCUUCUGCUAGCUGAGAGCUAGCAGAGCAUUCCUAGCUAGAAAGCUGGUCCAACGAAGAAGGAAGUGAAAAAGAGAGAGAGCACUGCAUGACUCCUCCUUUUGUUACCUGGACAGGUAAGGUCACACCCACCUCUUGUCACAUGCAAAAAUAUGUAUUCUAUGAGCCUGCUACUAUCCUCUCCUCAUGUUAAUUUCACAUGAAGCUGCCUUAUUCUGAGUCAGAUCAUAGGUCAAUGAUAUUAGCUCUGUGCUAGCUCUUUACCUGUGGUAGCUCUCCCGAUCUUCAUUCAGAAGCCUUCCUACCAGAAAUCUAGACAUGUCAGGGACCUUCUGCAUCAGUGGUGCCAUUGGGGCAGAGGUCCAGGGCCCCACUCAGAAGAAUGUGCAGGAGACCCCCUCAAACCCAGGAAGACUGGCUUUCCACAUUACCACCUAAAGAGCUCCUACCCUGUAGGACCAGAGUCAAAAAAUACCUAACUGCACCACUGUUCUGCAUAUAAAUCCCCUGCCCAGCCAUAUAUCAUAUUAGUGCAAAGAUUUCUGUUAGCAGAAUGGAACUUCCGCCCUCACCCCCCAGGCACCCCCUAAAUGAGUUCUGGAGUUCCUGACAACCUUCCAGUAUGGAUUUGGGGAGUGUGCUUGGUGCUGGUGGGGAGGGGAGAGGAUAGGGCAGGGAGUUCCAUUGCACAGUAAUAAAACCUUGCACUAAUGGAACACAGGCCUUGGAUACCACCUGUUCUGCUGUCCUUUAGCCUCUUGCCAGAGUGUGAUCUUGUACACUUAAGUACUGAGCUUCAAAAUCCUUCAAGGAGCAUGACUAGUAUCCAUGCUAAGUGCUUCCAUAAUAGAGUGGCUUUUGGGUAAGGGGGUAUAUUUUGAGUUAUCAUUUGGGAAGGACGAAGAAGGGAAAUAAUCAGACCUGUCUCUUUAAAUGUCUCUGGUUUGGAUUUUACCCAUCUAUAAAGAAUUUUUACUCAGCUUUUACAAAAUGGAUUUUUUUAAAAAAUAAAUCUAAUUAUUGUUGUGAAAUCAACUUCACUGGAUGAUGCUUCCUACUGAAAGGAUUAGGGCGGGUUCCUCUCAAACCUUUGCCUCCUCUUGAGGGGAAGGAGUGAUCUCUCUCGCCAGACUGACUGGUAGAGUAGACAGCUAACUUCUCAGCCCCUGAGCAAACUGCUAAACUGGAACUGGAAAAAAUGGAAAUAGGUGAAGGAAGGUAAGAGUUACAAAAAAGAACUUGCUCUUUUAAGAAAAGGUAGAAAGUCCCAAUUAAGGAGCUAGAGCAUAAAGGAGGCCCAGCAGUAUUUGAUACCCAGUAUUUGAGCCCCACCCGCAGCCCCAGUAUUGUCAGUAGGAAGGAGAGGUGAGCAAAAUGUCCUCUUAUCGGCAUCUUCAAACAGACAUUCACUGUAAGCAAAUAUCUGUUUUUGCCAGAUGCUGCUGCUGGAGGACUUGCCUAAUAGGGCUACAUCAGAGCAGAAUCCAAUGUUAGUGAGCUAAAAUAACCUAUAAGCUUCCUCUCUGCUCUCUUGCAUUUCCCCUAAGCAUCCGUCUCCACAGAAGCUUCUGGUUCUACUGUAACCACGGAUUUGAAAUAAUUGUCCGGAGACGCUUAAAACUAGAUUUUCUUCAUUCUGACGUCCAUCUAAAUGACGAAUAAAGGAAAAAAGGAGAACUUUACUUGGUUCAGUGGAAAAUUCAAUGCCUUUGCAGUAUGCUUUAUAUAACUCAAGUUUUGUUUUAUGCAUUUUAUGUACGUUUGGGUUUUUUGCAUGGCCCAGAACAAUCAUACUCAGUAGGAAAUUGCCAUCACAUCCUAUGGAUGCAAUAAACACCGAACAGGGCUGCGGUUGUGACAAAAUAAAGUAUUUUUUAAUUUUAAUUUUUAGUUCCUGCUUUAUAUCAAAGCAGUUCACAGUAUAUAAAAUCCAUUAAAAUCAAUAAAAAGCAACAAUCAAAAUAUCCACAUAGACACAACGUGUAAUUCCAGCAACUAUAGCAAUCACAACAGCCAGAAUUACUUUGAGUAUUAUUAUUAUUAUUUCAUUUAUGAAAAGCAGAUUUCACAAUACAAUAAAAAAACCUGCAUAUAUAAAAACAAUUUCAAAUCCAAUACAGAUGCUGACUGGAGUUUGAUAUGUAACACAACUCUCCCAUAUUCCUCACAUUCAGAAAAGCAAUUGCUUUCUCUCUCACACACACAGACAAACAAAUUUACACUAAGAGAGAAAGAGACUUUUGCUUUUAGGCUCCUCGCCUCCACAUUCUGAGGGCCAAACUUAGUAUGAUGUGAAAUCUCAGAAGCAUGGCAGGAUUUUAAAAAAAUGAUAGUAGGCAGGAAUGGGGGUGGGGAUUCACAUCUAUUAUUCUCAUUGUUCCUAAGGAGGAAGGCUCCCAUUUGCAAUUUCUGUGUCCAAGAAAUGAAGCCCAGGCUGUGCAGAUGCAGGUUUGGGGCUUCGCAGAUAUGAGAAGGCUUUAUCUUCAUGUUCGGCUCACUCAGAGCUGGAAUGAGAUGCCAUUCGUAUUCUCCAUGGAAUCACUGGGUGCACCUCUUCAAUUUAUCCCAUCAAAGUGAAUGGUGGAUUUUUGCCCUCAUGGGGGGAAAUGUGUUACACAAGGAGGUUUUGUUAUGUGGAGCAAAACUUGGUCUUCCAUAUCUGAUGUGAGUUGGCAGGGAUUCUGCUGGGGUGGGGGCUAGAGACAGAUCGUCUCCAUCUUUGUAGUAUACAAGACCUUUCUCUAGCACACUCCCUUUCUCUCACAUGCAUACGUGUGCACGCAUAUGCAUAUACAGAUGCCAGCUGUCCUAUGAACUGGCACCAUGCAGAUAUCAAAAUGCAAACCAUCCGGCACCAGGUUCCUUUUGUUUUGAAUUUUUUCCCUUCUCUCCAUAUGCAGCCAUUUUGCCGCUUGGCUUAUCAACUUGAAGGCAACAACUGGAACAAGAGCUUUAGUAACAAUCACAUAAAACAACCCAGAGCAACUCUGGUAACAUUCAAGGACCCUCCUCCAGGGAGGCAGUGACUCAGCUGCGUGUCUUUGGCUGUUCUGACCCUGAGGUGAUUUCAUUGUCAGGGAGAACGCAUUUUCUGUAGCAUCCUCCUUGCACUUCAGCAUCCUCAGCCCAGAGCCCAAGUGUUUUAUUGGCACAUAUCUCAUUGAAGAUACAUGGCUUUGGCUUACUUACACAUCUUGGGUUUGGGGGCAAAUGACGGUCAUGUUUUGUACACUUUGGGGCCCAAAACAGGCAAGCAACACAUGGUGACUAGACACAGACUUCUGUUCAUUCAUCAGCAUCCUAGAAUGUGGAACAAUUUGUUCUAAGAACUUGGCCUUGGGUGCAUAGUCUAUCUUAAUAGCAAGUGUUUUUUUCUUCAAAUGUAGCACAAAAGAGCCUGAAAUAGACAUAGAACAAAACUGUGCGGCACAGAUCUCAACAGGAUCAAUGCUUUUGCUGCUGUAACUCUUCACUGCAUGGGAGUAUGUAAUUAAUGCAGAACCCUCGCCGGACACCGUGCAACUCUGUCUACUUUACCAAUGCUAGUAGGUCUGAGAUCUGGACCCAGUGAAACUUGUGUCUUUUCCCCUACUGCCUUUCCACCUAGGGGUCCAUAAGGGGGCUUUGUUCCUGGAUGACUCUUCCAGCAGAGUCCCAGUAAGAUUACAAGAUGCAUCAAUAAAGAUGAGCACCAUUCAACACAUUCUGCAAAGUUAAACCUGGCUUUGCCAUCCAGUGUGCACACUCAGGAGGUAGCUGCAGCCAAUCACGAUGUGUGUGUAUGCAAAUGUCUCUUUGCCACAUUCAAAUGUCACAUUUUUAGGUGCAUACCUAAAAUAAAAUCUCUAAUAGUAAAGUGCAUGCAGUAGCGCUAAAUUAACUUGACCUACUUGACCUGAUGGCUUUAAGAGUGCAUAUCAAGGAUGGGGAAUGAGUGACCCUCCAGAGGAAGUUGGAUUCCAACUCCCAUGGGCCCAAGCUACCAUGGCCAAUGUUCAAGGAUGAUGGGAGUUGUAGUACAACAACAUCUGGAGGGCCACAGGUACUGUAUCCUUGGCAUAUAGACAUACAUACCUUACUUGCCUGGGACGCGGGUGGCGCUGUGGGUUAAACCACAGAGCCUAGGACUUGCUGAUCAGAAGGUUGGUGGUUCGAAUCCCCGUGACGGGAUGAGCUCCUGUUGCUCGGUCCCUGCUCCUGCCAACCUAGCAGUUCGAAAGUACGUCAAAGUGCGAGUAGAUAAAUAGGUACCGCUCUGGUCGGGAAGGUAAACCGUGUUUCCGUGCGCUGCUCUGAUUUCACCAGAAGCGGCUUAGUCAUGCUGGCCACCUGACCCGGAAGCUGUACGCCGGCUCCCUUGGCCAAUAAAGCGAGAUGAGCGCCGCUACCCCAGAGUCGGCCACGACUGGACCUAAUGUUCAGGGGUCCCUUUACCUUUACCUUACCUUACUUGCCUAUCUGAAUACUAGGAUUGCCGUGAGAUGCCUCUCUUAUUUCAAAGAGUUCUCCUUAGUGACAGGUUUUCUUUGAAAAAUGGCAAUUCAGGUUAGAAGUGUCUAUCUCUAGCCAAUUAAUAACGAAAAAAUGGUGAAGAAUGACAGCCCAAAUCUUUUAAAGACUAAAUGGUUGCCCUGAUUAAUGCUUUUCCAGAUUACUUGUUUACUCCGCAUUCGUCCUGAUUCGCUUGCAAAAAGCAUACAGUGGUACCUCGGGUUACAAACACUUCGGGUUACAAACUGAUAACCUGGAAGUAGUACCUCAGGUUGAAAACUUUGCCCCAGGAUGAGAACAGAAAUCACACACCGGCGGCAGCCGGAGGCCCCAUUAGUUAAAGUGGUACCUCAGGUUAAGAAUGAUUUCGGGUUAAGAACGGACCUCCAGAACGAAUUAAGUUUAUAACCCGCAGUACCACUGUACAUAGGGACGCGGGUGGCGCUGUGGGUAAAACCUCAGGGCCUAGGACUUGUCAAUCGCAUGGUCGGCGGUUCGAAUCCCCACGGCGGGGUGAGCUCCCGUCUUUCGGUCCCAGCUCCUGCCCACCUAGCAGUUCAAAAGCACCCCUAAGUGCAAGUAGAUAAAUAGGUACCGCUUUAUAGCGGGAAGGUAAACGGCGUUUCUGUGUGCUGCGCUGGUGCCGGCUCGCCAGAGCAGCUUUGUCACGCUGGCCACGUGACCCAGAAGUGUCUCCGGACAGCACUGGCCCCCGGCCUCUUAAGUGAGAUGGGCACACAACCCUAGAGUCGGACACGACUGGCCCGUACGGGCAGGGGUACCUUUACCUUUACCUUUUACCACUGUACAUAGUUUAGAAUCACCAUGUCCAAUCUUCCAUUUGUUCCCGUUUGUUUAUGGGGCAAUUUUACAACCGUCAGGGUUCACCCUGCAUUUGGCCUGAUUCGUUUUUAUGGUAUUUGUCCAUCUUCCUGCUAGUUGUUUGCUCAUUCCACACUUUGAGAGGAGAGGCAGGAUAUAAAUUUGAUAAAUAACAAAGAAUAAUAAUUCUGUUUCACUUGUACUACAUUUUCUCGGAUGCCUCCUCUCAGGAACACGCUAAUAUCACCUCGUUAUUUUCCAUGAAUGAAUCCUUGCAACUUUCUGGUUAGAAAUUGCUGCUCUGAAAAGGUCAACCAGCGCUUUAUUUCUGCACCCAGAGACUUCUUCUAUUUCUAGCUCAAAGUUAACAGCUAAUGAUUAGUAGUGCUAAAGACACAGAGGAGGAGGAGAAUGCCUCAUCUUUGGUGCACAGGAGAGGGGGCUCCCCUAGCCCCCAUAAAAUGGGAUAAUUGUUAUUGCAAAGGCAAAAGAAUUGUAAGAGACGAGAACCUACUCACUCCAUCCACCCCUCCAUUGAUGAGAUUUCACACUUCUAAUUUUACUUUAAAACCUGUUUGAAAGAUACUGCUAUUAUGAGGUUCUCCUUGGUCGAUGGAACUGCUUGUUUUUAAUCUCUGCAGCAUUUCACAUGAGCCCAAGGCUGGGCUGGUAAUGCUGCCAUACUCCUCACAAAAGCUCCACGGGAAUCACCAGGCGCUUCAAAGAGCUGGGUGAUAACUGUCAUACUGUGUGCAAAUUAGUGCUGAAAAAUCAGCCCUGAGGUGGUUCCAGGACCAUGCCAGUCCUUAGUCAGCCAGCCACAUCCAACUGGUGUUUGAUUAGCUCUGAGUAGGUGUUUUCCUGAGGAAACAGGGCAGUGUAUGAGACCUCUGGACAUAGCAAAAUAAGGCCAAGACAUACUUGUCUGAAGGCUGCAUUUUCCCAGGAGAAGAUAAGCACAACGCCAUGGCCGUCCUUCCUGCCUGGCAGCCUGCCCUGCAGGAUCCCUAUGUCACCAGAAAUGUAGCUAGAUUUUGUGCAAUAGCCAUAAGUCAGAGGAAGCAAAAGAUUAAACAGCUCCACAGACAGUCAUAAAUUGACACAGCUCACAGUCAAAUUCUUCUAUUUUUUAAAAAAAAUAACCUUUAAUGUAGUUUAUAUUUCCUUGACUACGCAUUUUAAAUCUAUUUAAUGGGUAUGUUGAUUGUCUGUGCUAUUUUUAUAGAAAAAGAGGUGUCGGAACUCACUAUGAACACCUCCCUCAUUCGCUUUGAACGGUACCCACCAGAGAGGUGCUGCAACUGAGCUUCUGUGAGUUCUCCCUGAAAAAAGGCCCUGUUGAUUUUUAAAUUCCACUUUGACCAUUUUAAUGUUUGUGUAAAAAUUAUGCUGAAAGUCUGGUUUCACUAUGCUGGCUGUUUAGCUGUAAUAAUAAUAAACAUUCAUUCAUGCCCUGCAGGAUCCGUGCCUCCACUGAGCAAAGACAUCAAUUCUGUUGGGUGCAGCUGCUUUGCAAUCAGCUUUCCUUGAAAAGCAGCGCCACACAGGGUUGGAUAUGAUUCUGCACAGUGCCAGUUGCUGCUCUUUAACAAACGAUUGGCUUCCCUCACAUGCAGAAAAGCCACUUACUUGGGAGCAGUGACUGGUGCUGCGCAGGAUUGGUUCCUCCUACUUAGAAGUUCAGUAGGAGGAUUAGCGUACUGCCAAUGCUCAACCCUCCAACCUUUUUAAAAAACCUUAUUUUAAAAUAGGAUUUUAAAACCCAUUAAAAAUCCUUAGUCCUACCUCCGAAUUAUUUUGGGGACAGAUCUAGGUUUGGGUGGUAGCUUCCGGGGCAGAACAGGCUGAAUUGGCCUGGUGUGGGAGCCACAGAGAAGAUCUAGGGGUCUGCACGCAGCCCGAAUGAGAAGGGAGAACAACAAAGGCAAGACAGGCAACAGAGGACAAAAAGUGCAAGAAUGUUAGAAAAAUUUUAAUAAAAAUUUGCUGCUGCUGCUGUUUAGAAAAGAAGGUUAGGGGGAAAGACAGGCAGCAGCAGGUGACAAGGGAAGGAAGGGAUGAAAUUCAAAGAAAGUGAGAGAAGAGACAUACAGGGAGAGUUGAAUCCUUUUGGAUGCCGUGGAUGCUUUUUGGGGUAAGAAUAAAUAAAAAAUGCAAACAUAAUAGUGAUGAUGACUUGUUCAACAUCAAAGACAGCCUUCACUGAAGAGAAAAACCCUGGAAAGCAAAGAGAGGACCCAGCUACUAAAAGGGAAUGAAAUGUACUGGGAAUAAAACAGAGAUCUAGAAUAAUUCUAAUAAUAAUAGAAGCAGAUUCAGCCACCCUGAUCUUCUCUCCCUCUCCUCCCUCCAGCUUACUACUGUGAUAAAAGUAAAGGUAAAGGGACCCCUGACCAUUAGUCAUGGCUGACUCUGGGGUGACGGUGCUCAUCUCGCUUUAUUGGCCGAGGGAGCCGGCAUACAGCUUCCAGGUCAUGUGGCCAGCAUGACUAAGCCGCUUCUGGCGAACCAGAGCAGCGCACGGAAACGCCGUUUACCUUCCCGCCAGAGUGGUACUUAUUUAUCUACUUGCAUUUUGACGUGCUUUCGAACUGCUAGGUUGGCAGGAGCUGGGACCAAGCAACGGGAGCUCACCCCGUCGCGGGGGUUCGAACCGCCGACCUUCUGAUCGGCAAGUCCUGGGCUCUGUGGUUUAACCCCUAAUGGUCAGGAGUCCCUUUACCCUUUACCUUUAAGGAUUUCAGUGACUACUAACCAUGCUGGCUAUGUUCUACUUCCACUGGUGGAAGUAGUACAACUUCUGAAUAGCAGUUGCAGGAGGGGUGUGUGCUGUUGCACUCGGAUCCUGCUUGUGGUAUUCCCAUGGGUAUCUGAUCAGCCUCUGUGAGAAUAGGGUACUGGACUAGAUGGGCCAUUGGCCUGAUCCAGCAGAGCUCUUAUAUUCUUAUGUACACUCCCAUUGUUCGGUCCCAGCUCCUGCCCACCUAGCAGUUCGAAAGCACAUCAGAGUUCAAGUAGAUAAAUAGGUACCGCUCCGGCAGGAAGGUAAACGGCGUUUCCGUGCACUACUCUGGUUUGCCAGAAGCGGCUUAGUCAUGCUGGCCACAUGACCAGCUGUAUGCCGGCUCCCUCGGCCAAUAAAGUGAGAUGAGUGCUGCAACCCCAGAGUCGUCCGCAACUGGACCUAAUGGUCAGGGGUCCCUUUACCUUUACCUUUCAUGCAUCAUAAGGGAGCUGUUUCCAGAGGAAGAACUGGGGUUAGGUGGGGUAGAAGACCCCAGCAGGUACUGGGUUUUUCCACCUGCCUCGCCCCACCCUCCAGCCUAGAAGCCUUCAGAAGGGAGCUGUUUCCAGAGGAAGAAGUGUGAGGGGGGAGAGACUCUGUUUGUUGACAUCAGGGGACAAUUGGUUUUACCUGUGCCGCCCCAGCUCCUGCCCAAGGAAGCUGCUAUUUUGUUAAUGUUGAUAAUAUUGUUUUAUAGAGUACAAGUGCUCUAUUGAUUUAUUAAUCCCAUAAUGCGACUUUUGCUGUACCAGCUUUUUAAAAAUUUUUAUUUAUUUGUUGCUUUGUUAACAUUGUUUUAUAGAUUGCAAUUGUUUCAUUGAUGAUUCAUUGAUUAUUCUAUAUGAUUUAUGCUGUGUUUGUGAUGUUCUAGUAUGUUAUAUCAUGCUAUAUUGACAUUUAUUGUUUGUAAGCCGCUUUGGGAUUCAUUUGAAUUUAAAGCGGUGUAGAAAUAUAAAUCAAUCAAUCCAUCAUGAACAAAGUUGUUCUGGUGCUGUUAAAUUGACAGUGAUAGGAUAACAUGAAGAUUUCUCAACCCUUUGAGCGUCAGUCACCAAGUCUGUGAUUUGUAACCAGGAACUGCUAGACAGGCCACACCACUUGGGCCCUGAGGUCUGUCAUCUAGGUUUAUAUUACAGCACUCGGCUGAAGGCAGGCGGGUGCCUAGGGACAGCUUGGCACUUCUCAUCUGUCAGCCAUUUCCCACUAACCUCCAUUUCCUUUUACCAUAUUUAGCUUGCAGGAAAAUACAGUUUUGCUUCUCUCCCCUUGUUCCUCUGAAUAUGCACAGAUUUAAACAUUGGCCUGUUUGAUAGUGUCUCCUCAAUUCUUCCUUUGCUGUAAAAUUUCAGUUUGUUUGUCUAAUUAUUCUUUUGGUUGCAACAACUAGGGAGUUGUUGUUUUUUUGUUUUUUGGUGGAGCGAGUGGGUGGAAUCCUUUUAUACCAUCCUUCCUUCUGAUUUGUUCAAUGAAAUGUGUUUGAAGUACACAAGUGUUGAGGAUUUGGCUGCUGGAUCCACUGUAUUAUUAUUAUUUUAUUUUAUUAUUAAUUGAAUUUAUAUGCCGCCCUAUACCUGGAGGUCUCAGGGCAGUUCCCAGAAGUCUCAGGGAAGUUGUAGUCCCCAGAUAAAAAAAUGGUGAGGUAAAAAGGUAAGGUAAGGGACGCAGGUAGUGCUGUGGUCUGAACCACCAGCCUCUUGGGCUUGCUGAUCAGAAGGUCAAUGAUUCAAAUCCGUGCGAUGGAGUGAGCUCCCGUUGCUCUGUCCCAGCUUCUGCCAGCCUAGCGGUUCGAAAGCAUACCAAUUCAAGUAGAUAAAUAGAUACCACUGUGGCAGGAAGGUAAACAGCAUUUCUGUAUGCUUAUAUCACAGUGUUCCAUUGCGCCAGAAGCUGUUUAGUCGUGCUGGCCACAUGACCCGGAAAGCUGCCUCUGGACCAAAGCUGGCUCCCUCAGCCUGAAAGCAAGAUGAGCGUCACAACCCCAUAGUCACCUUUGACUGGACUUAACCAUCCAGGGGUCCUUUACCUUUACCUAAUCCCCAGAGCUCACCUGAGGCACACUAGAUUGCACCUUCUGCCCGAAUACGAACCAGAAAUGGGUGAAUAAAUACUUCCUGGAAUGACCUUAUAAGAAAAGGCUCCAGAAGCUUUUCCAGCAUCAGCACAGAUGUAUUGAAAAUCGAGCUACUCAGGAAACACCAGCAAUUUUACCACCAAAAAUCAUUAAGGGGAGGGGUUGCACUAUUGGCCGCAGGAUGUUGGUGACCCUCAGACACAGCACCCUCAGUGUGCCCCCCUGAUCUAGCAAGGUGUGGGAAAUGCAAACUGAGAAUUCUCACGGGCUGCGUCUGAUUUUGGACUCCCUGUGGAAAGUGGAAAUGUUAGGGCAGUUUUAGGAUCCUGGCAAAUGCUACCCUCUGGAGGUAGCCCUGGGCAGUUGCCACUGAUCCAAGUGUGUUGCAGGUCCAAGGAAUGAUUUAGAUAGGUCAAGGUGCUUCUCAUAUGCAGAUACAGUGGUGCAGUCAGCGGGAAGGGAGAGAGUUUUUCUAUGCAUAACAAAAUUAGGACCAUCUUUCAUUUAACUGGCAAUAGGCUAAGUUGGUGGAAUGACUGAAUCAAAGAGAGAGAAAAUACACUGGGUGUUAAGAAGUUUGAAUAGAAAUAUAGAGUGGCUCUGUCAAGGAGUGUUGGAAAGUUUUGAUUUAAUAAUAUUUGAAUAGACAAUAUAGACAUUUGCUGCUAGUCUGGAGACUGGUUUAUAUCAGGGAUAGCGAACCUUUUGCCUUCCAGAUGUUGUACUCCCAACUCCUUUCAGCCCAUCCACUGUGGCCAAUGGACAGGGCUGGUGGGAGCGCCACAAUCUCGAUGUACACAAUACACAAUUCAGAAUAUUUAUUUGUCUUAUGAACCUUAUUUCUUGUCAUAAGAGGCCCAAUGGAAAUGCAACAGCGAUAGCUAAACAAGGCAUGUACAUUCUCAGCUUUUCUUGAAACGGUUUGCUUGCCAUAUUUUUGAAGUUUUUCACAAAGGCAAUUUGGUGCCAUAUGGAUAAAGUGCGAUAACAGCCACAUGUCCCAUUUCUAGUUAUAGGAUUUACAGAACUAUUAUGCUUUUCUCAUAGAAUAAGUUGUGCUUAUGGAUUCUGUAUAAUUCUUCUUCGGGUUUCUUUUAAUUAAAAUUCCAUAUGCUGCCAAAUAAAUUAAGAUGAUUCCUCUGAGAGUUGUUGUAAUGAUGCAGGUUUUUAAAGCAAAUUAACUCUUCUUUGCAGCAUUUUGCAACUGUGCUAUUGGCGCGUUCUGCCUGUGUAUGAAAUGGAAUGAGAAUUCAGCUGAUUCCACCACAAUUUCUGUUGUGCACUGGCAGAAAGGCAGCACAUGUAGGAGAGCAUUUGACUGCAGAUUUUUAAAUGUUAACAUGGUGAGUAAAUAUGCAGUGUCCCAGAUAGUGCCCUCAGUCAGAUGGGGUUACAGAACAAGUGGGAAGGAGGGUCUCUAGACAAGAGCUUCAGUUCCAGAAAUACAAGGCAAAGUUCUAUUUGCAGAGCAUAUUUAUUUAUUUAUUUGUUUGUUUGUUUGUUUGUUUGUUUGUUUGUUGUUGUUGUCGUCGUCGUUUAGUCGCUUAGUCGUGUCUGACUCUUUGUGACUCCAUGGACCAGAGCAUGCCAGGCACUCCUGUCUUCCGCUGCCUCCCGCAGCUUGGUCAAACUCAUGUUGAUAGCUUCGAGAACACUGUCUAACCAUCUCGUCCUCUGUCGUCCCCUUCUCCUAGUGCCCUCAAUCUUUCCCAACAUCAGGGUCUUUUCCAGGGAGUCUUCUCUUCUCAUGAAGUGGCCAAAGUAUUGGAGCCUCAGCUUCAUGAUCUGUACUUCCAGUGAGCACUCAGGGCUGAUUUCCUUAAGAAUGGAUAGGUGUGAUCUUCUUGCAGUCCACGGGACUCUCAAAAGUCUCCUCCAGCACCAUAAUUCAAAAGCAUCAAUUCUUUAUGGUCCAGCUCUCUCUUCCAUACAUCACUACCAGGGAAACCAUAGCUUUAACUAUAUGGACCUUUGUCGGCAAGGUGAGAUCUCUGCUUUUUAAGAUGCCGUCCACUACCUCCAUUUCUUCCCCUUCUAUUUGCCAGGAGGUGAUGGGCCCAGUGGCCAUGAUCUUCGUUUUUUUGGUGUUGAGCUUCAGACCAUAUUUUGCGCUCUCCUCUUUCACCCUCAUUAAAAGGUUCUUUAAUUCCUCCUCACUUUCUGCCAUCAAGGUUGUGUCAUCUGCAUAUCUGAGGUUGUUGAUAUUUCUUCCAGCAAUCUUAAUUCCGGCUUGGGAUUCAUCCAGUCCAGCCUUUUGCAUGAUGAAUUCUGCAUAUGAGUUAAAUAAGCAGGGAGGCAAUAUGCAGCCUUGUCAUACCCCUUUGCCAAUUUUUAACCAAUCGGUUGUUCCAUAUCCAGUUCUAACUGUAGCUUACCUCCUGGAAAAAGAGAGGUAAUCUAAUUUAUUUAUUACAGUUACUUAUAUCCCACUUUUCAAGAUUACCUCUCUUUUUGCAGAAGGUAUAUUUUUUCUUCUGCUUUAGCAUUGCUGAUGCUUAAAGUUCUGGUCUUUAUCUACAUGUAUUCUUAUCCUUUUGUGACAUAUCUAUUAGUCUAAUAGAUAUGUAGCAUAACCUACACUUUGGAACUCCUUACCUAUUGAUAUCAGGCAGGCACCUUCACUGUACUUUCCAGCACCUGUUUAAAACAGGCCUCUCCACACGAAAGCCCAGGCCUGGUUUUCCUCCAAAGUUUCUUUGAUUUAACAACCUAACUUGGACAUGGGGCAGAGAGCCCCUUUGUUGUUGUUGUAACUUUCAGAUCUACUGCAAUUCAGCCAGAGAUCUCUACAAGUAGGUCCUGCCUUCCUUAUGGCCCGCCAACUCCCUCCCCGCGGCCCAUAGUAAAACACUACGCGCUACAAAAGGGAUCAGCAAAAUCCACUUGCUGAAUUAAAAGUCCCUGACGCCCUUUCAGUGCGUCACUGGUACGCAUAAUGAACAUUGUUCCGGAGGUAAUUAGAUGUUUGCAUACUCCUCUGAACGUCUUUGCUUGGAAUGGAUUUCAUCUCUUGAUGGCAGAGAAGGCUUAGAAAGUGGAGCUCUUUCGGUGGUCUUACUGUGUUUCCUACACGGGCAGAACAUCACUGCUGCCAUCACUGCAGGCAUACUCAAGUAGGCGUUGCCACAGGCAACAGGCAACAGAAUGCUGGCACUCGAAGCUGAGAGAACCACUGGGAUGAAAACAGAAACAGCAGCUCAGCAGGACCCGGUCUCUUAACAGUUAGUGAAAAAAUCAGCACCUCCUAUCACAUUUCGUUCUGGCUAACAGAUCCUGGCUUGCAUUACAAACAUUAUGCAGUGGUCUUUUUGAUAUUUCCUGAUGCGCAUUUCCCCCCUCCCAAGGGUGUUCAUCAACUGAAAGCGGAAAGAGAAGUUGAAAACAAAAGACUAUGGGUGACAUCCAGUGACGUCCACACCAAUGCACAGCAGAUUUCUGCUCACACAUCAGAACAGUUCCCUUUUCCCUAUCAUGUAACGCACUGGGCACCUCCGGACCCCAUCAUAUGGGGAGGGUGGAUUUUAUUCCAUCCUGGCAGGGUCUUUUCUGCUGCAGCCCCAUUGCUGUGGAACAAUCAUCUGAGUAAAAAGUUCACACCACCACCUUCUUCUAGACAGCCUUUCAAAGGCAAGUAUAACUGUGGAUGUUUUUUCAGUUAGCCAUUGCAAAUGGAACUCCUUUAUCUGUUGCUUUGUUGUAGAGUUCUUGCUGGGGGAGGGGCUUUGUCCGGGCUCCAAUUUUAUUGAAUUGGUUAUGCUAUUUUAUUUUAUUUUUGUAAGCCGCUGUUCAUAAAUAUCAAUCUUUUAAAAAUAAAAAAGUGAAUAAACUUCAAAGCACAGUGAAUGUAUGCUGUUGUAUUACAAUUUCGUGUGCCUCCUUUGUAUUGCUGUCCUUGGGCAAUAAACUGGAUUUUGGAUAUACAGAAUGGUUAGCAUGAGUUUGAGUCUUUACAUUGUCAUGCACCUAUCGGUAUAUAGCUCCUCCUGCCCCUCAGGUGGGUGUUCCCCCCCUGGCUUUCAUGGAGUGCAGGUAAAUAGUAUGCUAAAAGAGAUGAAUAACUUUCUACCAGAAGCCUCUUGAAAGUUUGCUUUCUUCUCUAGAGCAUCACAGCACAGUAGAAGCUAAUAAGAACAGGGCCAUUAUGGGAAAGGGCCAUAAGUUCAAUGGUAGAAGGAGCAUCUUAUACCUGGAACAUGUCCACCCCCAUUGUUCAUCCUGAACACUGAGGUCCUGCUCCGAGGACCUUCUGGCAGUUCCCUCCUUGCGAGAGGUGAGGUUAGAGGGAACCAGGCAGAGGGCCUUCUCAGUAGUGGCGCCCGCCCUGUGGAACGUCCUCCCAGCAAAUGUCAAACACAUAAACAGUUAUGUGAUUUUUACAAGACAUCUGAAGGCAGCUGUCAGGGGCUGGACUGAGGAGGAAAGGUGGGAGCCGCUCUCCCCUCUCUCUGCACCUUCCCGGGAAGAGGCAGACAGUACAGUGGUACCUCGGGUUAAGUACUGAAUUCAUUCCGGAGGUCUGUUCUUAACCUGAAACUGUUCUUAAUCUGAAGCACCACUUUAGCUAAUGGGGCCUCCUGCAAAGUUCUUAACCUGAGGUACUAUUUCUGGGUUAGCGGAGUCUGUAACCUGAAGCGUAUGUAACCUGAAGCAUCUGUAACCUGAGGUACCACUGUAUAGAUUUAGAACAGCGGUUUGCCGAAGGGCAUAGUUCAGAGGCUGAUGAAGUAAAAAGCUGGGAUAUAUUGGGGGAGCAGCAGGAAGGAGAAGCAUGGGGGGCGGGAAGAGAGAGAGAGAGAGACACAGUUAACAGACGCAGUGUCUCUUGAAAGCAUUCCUGAUUCCCCCCUCUCCCAAAACUGGACGGGAUGUGUGAGUAGCAGAACAGAAAUCUCAGAGGCAGAAAUCACUGACCAACCGGUGCAGGGGUGACAUAGAUUAGGAAGGACUGAAGGUAUGGGAUUUUACUUGGAGCAACACCAUUAUUAUAGAGACAGUGUUCCUUUGUCUCUCUCUGUGAAGACUGAAUAAAUUACAUGGUAAGAACUCUUUUCGGUUAUCUGCCUUUGACUGCCACUGGGGGAGGGAUCAUCAUUCCCUGAAGCCUUGACAGAGCCUUGACAGCAGCCCUGUUCAGGGAAGUUUUUAGUGUAUGAUGUUGAAUUGUGGUUUUAGUAUUUUUUGUCGGGAGACACCCAGAGUGGCUGAGGCAACACAGUCAGAUGGGCGACGUAUAAAUAAUAAAUUGUUGUUGUUGUUGUUAGCAUUUCCUUUGCAUUCAGAAUAUCCCAUGUUUAAUCCCCAGCUUCUCCGGGUAGGGCUGGGAGACACUCCUGCCUGAACUGUUGAGAACUGCUGCCAGUCAAGUGUGUAGUGGACAAUACUGAGCUAAGUGGACCACUAGUCUAAUUCAGUAUCGGGCAGCUUCCUCUGCCCCUGUGUUCAUCUCACAGUGCCACAGCUUGGCAAAAGAGAAGCCAUAGUUUUGUAGCACCUCUUUGGAGAUUACAGGAAGUAGCAAAUCAAAAGAUACACUGCCUGUUUCUGCAGUAUGUUCCUGGUGGCGUGAGGGGUUUUUUUGUGAAUAUGCACGAGUCCUCCCCCCAUCUGAAGCACAUGCAGCUUCACGGUGUGAAGAAAUACGCUCCUCUUGGCCCUGUGGAAGUGUGAAAACAGAAAGUGUGGCUCUUGCACUUCCUCUUUCAUUGGUUCUUGUAAAAUGCACAGAAGGGGGAGCAAGUUGCCUGAACAGCAUUCCCCCCCCCCCCCGCCCACCUUCCCAUCACCUGAAAACAAAUGAGCAGAUGUUUGCUAAAGGAAAGCUGCUCAUAGUGACAAAUUGCAUAUUGCCUCCUGCAAGUCUGUCUGGAGACAAUUAAAUUUGUUUUGUUUUGUCUCACAGGGGACAUUUGGUUUGGGGUAAUUUUUAUUUUAUUUUUCUAAGACACUUCCAACUGAUGGUGACAUGGGAUAGAUUAAGUCGUGGAUUCAUCUGCUGAGGGGGAAAGGGUAAGGAAAACAGCACAUCCAUUAAUGUGACCCAUGUUUUGCCUUCAUUCCCCCCCCCCUCAAGAAAGGCAGCAUGUACCUUUCUGAACAAAAUAAUAUUUUCAGUGGUGUCAGGUUACCCCAUUCAGUUCAAUUUUUUUGCUGGUUUUGUGUAAUCUGCUGGACUGCAAUUGCCUCAUUAACACACACUGUCAUUUUUCCAUAGUCAAAAUGUUCUGUUGUGAACCAAUGCUAUCUACUCAUAGUGAUAUGAGUAGCCGCUACUGAGGUAGUCAGGAAUGGCACACCAGCCACACACUUUCGGGAGGUAUCAGCAGGUAUCAGCUUGAGGGACAUAUAGCCUACAGGCAUACCAAAAAUCGCCAGAAAGAAAACAGAAGGGGAGUGGGGGCAGGGGGAAAGUCCUUUAUAAAAAGCCCAGUGAGGGCUAAGAUGCUCAGGAGCCAGUGAGGGCUUUAUUUUGUGGGGAGGGAGCACUCCAUACUGUAAAAAAAUAAAAAUAAAUGUGCAGGUCACACUGAACGCAGCAUGAGUACAGAAUGAUGUGAGGGGUAUAUUAUGUGUGCAUAAUAUAUUCCUCACAGAGUUACAGUUCCCAGCAACCUUUAACAAACCACAAUGCCCACAAUUAUAGUGGCCGGGGGCCUGGGAGAGAAAAAUGUGUUUCGCAUGUGCUUUAAGGGUAUAAUGUGUUCCCAGCCUUUGAUGGCUUCCAAAUCCUCUUGGGAUGGAGGAAGAUAUUUCACCCCAUCCUUGAGCACAUUUUCAGUUAGCUACAGUUUCGCAUUACGACUAGACCUAACCUGUGAUUGAUCUUAACUGUUGUUUAUUGAAGCAAGCAAGCCUCAUAAACCACAGGCUGAAGUUGGCUUCUUCAUCUUUGGGUGAAAGGCAGUAUAUAAAUUUAAUAAAUAAAAUAGAUAAUUAAAACUGUCCACAGUUUGUCUGACCAUGUAACGGCAAACUGCGGCUGGCUAAAGAUGGAAGCAAAAGUUUCCAGUCUUCUUCUCACGUCGCUAGGCUCAUUCAUAUAGUAGUAUUUUAUUUACUUCAUUUAAAGCAAUCAGCAACACUUAGUAUUGUUUGUGAAUAUCUCUAAAUGAUGUGCAAUCUAAAAGCAUCAAACAAUGUCAUUAAAACAGAAAUACAACAUAAAACAGUAGUGUGUUUGUGUGGCUCAUUUGUCUGUAAUUUAUACAGUGGUACCUGGGGUUAAGAACUUAAUUCGUUCUGGAGGUCCGUUCUCAACCUGAAACUGUUCUUAACCUGAGGUACCACUUUAGCUAAUGGGGCCUCCCGCUGCCACAGCGUGAUUUCUGUUCUCAUCCUGAAGUAAAGUUCUUAACCUGAGGUACUAUUUCUGGGUUAACGGAGUCUGUAACCUGAAGCGUCUGUAACCUGAAGUGUCUAUAACCCGAGGUACCACUGUAUUGGCAAAAGCUUGAGUACAAAACAAGUUGUUCAUGGCAUAGUGCAGACAUGUCACAUCAUGAAAUGAGGGAUAGCUCAGUCGGUAGGGUACGAGACUCUUAAUCUCAGGGUUGUGGGUUCGAGCCCCACGUUGCGCGAAAUAUCCCUGCAUUGCAGAGGGGUGGACUAGAUGACCCUUGUGGUUCCUUCCAACUCAACAAUUCUAUGAUUCAGUGUUACACUGCUGCUGAAAGAACUGCACUGGCUGCCAAUUAGCUACCAGGUGUUGGUACAUGUGUCCAAAACCCUAUGCAUCUUGAGGAUGGAGUCCUUUUGACCAUGUGCUGCAGUUGAAGUGGCAGAUUCAACCUUCGUGUGCUCAGAACAUAGUGUUCUCUACAGCCGCAUCCAAGGUGCAGGGUUUUAAAUAGCCCCCUCUGCACCACCCACAUAAAUACAGCAGCAUUUUCGUGCCAGCAGAAGAGAAGCUGUGUUUCCUGUAUGCUCGGUGCGCACUUAGGCACAUGCUGAAAGCAGGUGUUUGGCAACAGACAUAGAUCAGGAAGCCCCAGAAACAAAGUCUGAAUAUACAGAGUGCUGGGGUGGGGCGUGCAGUUUGCAGGAAAUAAAAUGGCAACAACUGGAGGGCUAACCCUUUCCUGCAACACCCAGCUGCUUUUCCCUGUGAUGCCAAGAAUGUUGGGGAAAGUGAAAGGCGAGGAAAGAGUUAAGCACUGACCAUUCUGCCACCUGUUGCUUCUCCUGUUGCUUGUGAGAGCCAGUGUGGUGUAGUGGUUAAGAGCGGUGGACUUGUAAUCUGGUGAACCGGGUUCGAUUCCCCGCUCCUCCACAUGCAGCUGCUGGGUGACCUUGGGCCAGUCACACUUCUCUGAAGUCUCUCAGCCCCACUCACCUCACAGAGUGUUUGUUGUGGGGGAGGAAGGGAAAGGAGAAUGUUAGCCACUUUGAGACUCCUUCGGGUAGUGAUAAAGCGGGAUAUCAAAUCCAAACUCUUCUUCUUCUUCUUCUUCUUCUUCUCCCCUGCAUCUCAGGCUCCCGUUCAGUGGUGCCAGAUAUAUGGGGCACAUGGGGAUUCAGCCCCCUCAAUAUUUUGAGGCAGGGGGCACAGCCCCCCCCAAUAUUGAGGAGACUGCAAUCCAUCGCUGCCCCUCGGCGGGUGCUGGUACACCAAGCAGGAAAUCUGGAAGGCAAUUUUUGCCCACUGUGAUUGCCAGAGUGUCCUGGCAGGUGCCUGCACGUCCCAGAAGAUGGGGCCCGAUGGGGGGGCGUUGUGUGUGUGAUGUCAUGCACACGUGACAGGCCCCCCCCCAAUGUGGGGCCCAACCCGGCGCACCUGCCUCUGUUACUGAUUUGCAACUGUUUGGUGACUCCAUUAUUCUCAGAUUAAUUAAGGUUGGGAGAUAAGUCUAGUUAGGUUCCCAUUUCAAUGUGGACCUACCUAAUUUGCAUUUCCCAAAACAAUAUGCAACCCCAAACUCUAAUACUGUAUCCUAUGAAAUUUACUUCUCCAAAUUUUGCAGUGCAGGUCUUCAACCAAAAAACUGUGUAAAAUGCAUGUAUUAGGGGAAAGUAUGCAUAGAGUGUAUACAUUAGUGCUUAUGGGGGGGGGAAAUGCAUUCAGACCAAUAUAACUUUUGCCAUCCACAAUACAUUUCUUUCUAGCUUAGAUGAUGGAUUUGUUCAUCAUCUGACUUCUUUUCCCCCCUCCUGCUCUGGAUUCAGAUUACUGGAAGCAGGGAACAAGACAGCGAAAUUGUCAAGAAUAUGAAAUAUGAGUGCUUUCCCCCUCAGGGACUAAACUGCUGGAAUAAACUAUCCCUCAGCUUCAUAAUGUUUGUGUGGCAGCUUCAUUUUUUUUCUGGGUGAAAAAGCACCAGAAGUAGAGAGUCUCACUGGGAGAAGAAGCAGCGCAAGCAAGAACCAUAUUUCUAGCUGUAUUGAGGCAGCAUAAGUGAGAUGCCACAUGCAUAAGUAAACAUUAAGCAUGGAAAAGGUAUCCAGGGAGGAAAGUGGGUGGACUGUCUUACAUAAAUGUCUGUCGUGUGAGAAAACUGAGAGACAAAGAAUCUAACUAUGAGAUCAUUCUGGCAAGAAGCUGCCUUUGAUCUAUUGGAUGCAGUGAACUUUCUGCAAUCAGAACUUGCCACCAGACUGUAUUAUACGUUGAAAUCAACACAAACUAUAGUUUGGAUAUGGAUAUGGAUAUAGAUAGAUAGAUAGAUAGAUAGAUAGAUAGAUAGAUAGAUAGAUAUAGUGGUACCUCGGGUUACAUACACUUCAGGUUACAUACACUUCAGGUUACAGACUCCACUAACCCAGAAAUAAUACUUUGGGUUAAGAACUUUGCUUCAGGAUGAGAACAGAAAUCACGUGGCGGCGGCGCAGCAGCAGUGGGAGGCCCCAUUAGCUAAAGUGGUACCUCAGAUUAAGAACAGUUUCAGGUUAAGAAUGGACCUCCAGAACAAAUUAUGUACGUAACCAGAUGGCACAGAACAUCAAGCCAUGUGUUCAAGAUCAGGUCAAAGGUCAGUCUCACAAUGGUUAUUCAAAGGUUUCAACAAAAGAUGUCUCAAAAGUAAGGUUUUCUCAAAUGACCUUUGACACCUAUCUUGAACACAUGGCUUGACGUUCUGCGCCACUAAUCUGUUACGUUGUAUAUAUGAACUCCAAUAGAUUUAUUUCUACCUUUUGAAUGAUAUCAUUAUUCUACUACAAAUGAUUUAACAGUUAUUAGCCUACGUGUUGUGUCUAUAUUUCUUUGACUAGUUGUGAGCAGGCAGACGCUUGGCGGUUUCGGUGCUGCGUGCGAUUGGCUGUGUUUGUAAGUCAUGUGAGUGAUUUUUGUUAGUCCCCCCGCCAAAAAAGCUCAAAAACCCUGUGCAAUCCUCCCAAAAAAGCUCAACAACUCUGGCCAUCUCCCCCCAUUUUCUGAAAUUGGAGUCCCCAAAAAUAGGGGGCGUGUUAUACACUGAAAAAUACGGUAAUUGGUACAGGUGAUGUAUAGAAUUUUUUGAAGGUAAUGACUGAGGUUGUAACAUUAGCAAAAGGAGACAGUUGGCAGGCGACAGCACAGGCAGUGGUGUGUAGGUAGUGCUAAGGGUUGCACAACUUCGUUUGUAAACACAAAACAAUCAUUGGAUUCAGUUCUCCUGCUAUCCUAAGAACAAACGGCAGUUGUUUGAGUGCCCUGAUGCCACUGGAUAAUGCUCUUAAUGUUCAUUAUUGGCAUAAAAAUAAUUCUUAUUUUGAAGAAAGGAACAGUGUUGGACAAGAUGAAGACCGGAAGAAGGGAAGGAUGAAGAUAUUGGCUGAGGAAAUUACAGCACUUACAUAUGAUUAGUAGGUUUUGUUCUUAGUGGGCUUGUCUCACUGUGUAGACAAGAGACUGGAUAGUUAGACAGGAAAAAACCACUUUGGAAGUUUGAGAAGAGAGAUUGGUGUGGGGGAAUUAGAAACAAAGCAGCUGCCUGAAAAGUGUCUGUACAAUUAGAAUAUUUCCUUUCAACCUUUCUAUUGGGCCAUGUAGUUCUUUUAUGAAGGCUCUUAUUAUUUACGUCAAAUGUUAGAAAGCUAAGGAGAGACAACGGAAAGGGUAUCUGGACACAUACCUUAUUCUUUGCUCUAUAAGACUCACUUUUUCCCUCCCAAAAAUAAGGGGAAAUGUGUGUGCAUCUUAUGGAGUGAAUGCAGGCUGCGCAGCUAUCCCAGAAGCCAGAACAGCAAGAGGGGUUGCUGCUUUCACUGCGCAGCAAUCCCUCUUGCUGUUCUGGCUUCUAAGAUUCAGAAUAUUUUUUUUCUUGUUUUCCUCCUCCAAAAACUAGGUGCGUCUUGUGGUCUGGUGCGUCUUAUAGAGCAAAAAAUACGGUAUGCUGUAUGAGUUGUAGUGCUGUUGAGUGAUCAUUUUGAAUAUUGGUGUGAGGGGCAAUAAGAGAACUCAAGUUAAUGUAGUUCCAUCCUGCCCACCCCCCACCCCCAGCUCCAUCUUGUUAAAAAAACAAAACCCUGCAUGAAUAAUCUAGGAUGCUUUUAGAUGUUGGAAUUCACACAGUGCUUAAAGCAGAGAUGGGAAAAAUUGUCUCUCCCAUCACUCCUAGCCAUUGGCUAUGCUGGCUGGAUACUGAUGGAAGUUCAAAUAAAGCAUAUCUGGUAGUCCACAGCAUCCCCAUCAUCCAUCACUGGCUUAAAGGUUGCACUGAAAGUAAUUCAGUAGCAAAAAAAACAUGAAACCAAGAAGGUUAUGUAUUGUAACCUCUGUUUCACAGAGGCAUGCUUUCUGGGGAGCCAGCACUGUAUAGCUCUUGGUGUAAAAUGCAUCUGAGAUCAGACAGAAAAGAGAGGAGGAGAAAGAAAUCGCUACUUAUUAAAAAGCACGGUGGAUUUCUAUGUAUAUGACACAGAAACAGUAUUUUCAGUUUUGGUAUUUCGUUCCACGUAGUUUUCAGAAGCCUUAAGCGGGGGGGACUCUAAAUUUCUCUAGCAUACAGGUGAGAAACUAUGACAGCAGUAGAAUUUUUAACAGCUCAAGCAUCAGUCAAAGUGAGGGGACAGAUCUCUUCAGGGAGCCAGGUCACUUGUCAGAGUGGCGUGUUCAUAGUUGAAACACUGGAGGAAUUUCCAGCAUUUGUGGAUCAAGUUUUGGGACUCAGCAGGGAUUCCUGCAGCUCCUGGGAAUAAGCUGAGCAGCCUGCUCAACCAUACAGAACCAUACAAAACAGUCAAGGAAGAGGAAAAGGGGCACCUGGCGUGCAAUUUUAGCACCAAGUUAUUCUGUUUUAAGGCAUCUUCGGUAUAUUGUAUUUGAUGUGACAGAUUAGCUCCCAAGCAUUAUAGUUUAUUCCCAGGGGCCCCAGCUCCUCCUUAAUCACCUGAAUGGUGCUGUGGGCACAGCAUAUUAGUGGGUUACAUAAAGUUGGUGGGGACUACAAACGAUUUAGAAAAUAUGCUGAAAACACUCUGAAGCAUCUCAGGGAAAUGCUCUGCAGCUGAAGCAGCAACAUGUAAUCCAGUGAAGACAAAAACGUACGAGAAAGGAAGGGUGUCAGGAAGACAACUGGCAACCAUUUUCAUCCAACCGGACUUAGAACACCGUAUUUUUCGCUCUGUAAUACGCACCUAGUUUUUGGAGGAGGAAAACAAGAAAAAAAAAAUUCUGAAUCUCAGAAGCCAGAACAGCAAGAGGGAUUGCUGCGCAGUGAAAGCAGCAAUCCCUCUUGCUGUUCUGGCUUCUGUGAUAGCUGCGCAGCCUGCAUUCGCUCCAUAAGACGCACACACAUUUCCCCUUACUGUUUAGGAGGGGAAAAGUGAGUCUUACAGAGCAAAAAAUAUGGUAAUUGCUUUUUGUCCUGUUCUAAACAUUAGAGAGGUAUAUUCAGGCCACACAAUAGGAGGGGAGGAGUAUGCCCAAACCAUGCUCUACCUGCAUCACCUGAAUUUCACGGUAUUUGCACCUUUAGCUGUGGUCACAACCGACUUUUGCAUGUUAAUGGCAGAUCUCCACUUUCCUAGGGCACAGCAUUUUAUAGGUUAAAGGGGGAGUCUGGGCACCUGUUCUAGUUUUUGGAACUGGAGACUGCUACAGGUGCAUGGAGGCUUCUAUAAAUGUGGAGCAUCACUAAGGCUAGCACUCUUCCCGAGAUUAAAUCCUGUUAAAUAUGCAUAGGUGUAUGUUCCCUGCGUUUAAUGCGUGAAACCAGCUGAAGCUGGAAUAAAUUAAACGUAUCACUUGACAAGUACCACUUCAAACAAUUGCAGGAGAUGGUCAUAAUUCACAUCACAAAUUAAAUCCAGGGUGAUGUUUUUCUAUUUUAUUUUAGGAUCUUUUCAAUCAGUUUGUUUUUGGUCUGUAUUUGAGAAUCCUGCAAACUCCGUAGAGUAUUAACCAGAGCAUUUUGGUUAAACUACAAAAAUUCGAAAGCAUCUAAAAGCUAGAUGCCCAUUCCGUAAUAUUUCCCUUUCUUAUCACAUAAAUUUGUAAGUAAUGUCCAGCACAAAAGGUGGGGAGGGAAGUAGCAGACUCAAAAGAAUAUUGUGCUGGAGUAUUGUGUUCUGUUUCAGCUAUCAUAGGUCAUGCAGAACAUGAACAAACCGGUGGGCAAAGGUGGGCGGAGCAACUGAUGUAGAGUAGGCCACAUUCAGCCAGAUGUUUCUGUGCAAAGGUUAAAGGUAAAGGUAAAGGACUCCUGGACGCUUAAGUCCAGUCAAAGGCGACUAUGGGGUUGCAGCGCUCAUCUUGCUUUCAGGCUGAGAGAACUGAUGUUUGUUCACAGACAGCUUUCUGGGUCAUGUGUCCAACAUGACUAAACCGCUUCUUGUGCAACGGAACACUGUGAAGGAAACCAGAGCGCACAGAAACGCCGUUUACCCUCACACCGCAGCGGUACCUAUUUAUCUACUUGCGCUGGUGUGCUUUCCAACUGCUAAGUUGGCAGAAGCUGGGACAGAGCAACGGGAGCUCACCCCAUCAUGGGGAUUCAAACCUCCAACCUUGUGAUUGGCAAGACCAAGAGGCUCAGUGGCUUAGACCACAGCGCCACCCAUGUCCCCAAGCACACCUCUUUCUUUGCUCUUAUUUAAUGCAAGGACAAUAACAGUAAGCUGGCUGGCUCUGGGUUUGUUGCAGAUGCCAGAAAGAGGGAAAGUUAACCCAUACAAUUUAGAGAUCCAAGUCACCACUAAUGGAAGACUAUUUGAUUUUUAGACUUGGACGUGAUAGAAAAAGGAGGAACAUUUGUCAAGUUUUUUUCAUGAAAUGAAAACAUUGUUUACAGAUAUAGUUUUAUUUAUUUAUUUAUUAUCCAGGGUUGUUGUUUUUUAUCAAGUGGUGUAUAAAUUAUAUGAAAUAAAUAAAUAAGGCAGUAUGCACACAUUAUUAUUAUUGAUCACUUAUUUUUGUUUAUUAGAUUUUUAUCUCUCCUCUGGGCAGCUUCUCCUCACAAAACCCAUAUAGUGAGCUUUAUAAGAAAGUGAGGAUUGAACCUUUAUCUUCAAAGUUUAGAGCCAACAUUUGAACCAAACUGGAUUUCAGUGCCUUGGGUUCAAACCUAGGCCGCUGGGUGUCGUAUUAGGAAGAUAAUGUAGUGGUUUGUUAACAUCCAAAUACAGAGUUAAUAUGUAGCUGUUCCACUGAUGAAAUUUUCUGCUUGAAUCUGCAGGAAAACCUAGAACUAAUUUAUUCCUCAAAGUCGAAAUCAAAACUAAAUAUCUCUAUAUUCAUAUGAUGUUGUUGUCUGACACAAAUACAGUAAUGCAAAUAUAAUUGCCUUCCAAUUACUCCGACUGGGUGUUUGAAUUUUGUUGCAUCCAAUUAGAGCUAGUGUUCAACAGACGUCAAAUAUAUUGUGAUUAAGAUAAGGGGGGAUGCUGCUGCGUAGGUUACCAAAAAUGUCUCAGUUGGUUUUAUAUCUGCUCUAAGCCAUAAGGCAAGGGUCACAAUUUCAAACCUGGCACCCACAAGUGUCCUGGUACCCACAAAGGUUUUCACUUGUGCCACUGGGCAGGUUUCCUAAACUCAGUUUUCAUUUAAAAAAAGAAGCAAGUCUCUGACCCUCCUAGAAAGAAAGUUAUGGGACAAAAUGUGUGGGUAACUUCUAAGCAAUUUAUGUGAAAUGAGGAAUGAGUGUGAUGUACACACACACACAUAUCUGAAGAAUGCUUCCAGUUAGAUAGCAACACUGUGUGUGUGAUCAGUAUUUUGUGAUCUCCACAAUCAAAACAUUGUUGACUUCCUAUGGUACGCAUAAAUUUGUCAGAGGUGGUUGUCUCGCUCAUUUUGUGUGAUGCCACAUUCUCCACUGUAGCUAUUUUGUGGCUGGCAUCCCCAGAGCUCUCCCAAAAUUUGAAAUCUGGCCACCAGUCCCAAAAUGUUGGCAACCCCUGUUCUAAGAGGUGGUGAUUUUUCCUCCUGGGGAAACUAUUUGUUCAAACAACCCAGUUAUAUUUUCUUUAGAUCAGGUGUUCCCAAACUGAUCUGUGGCUCACCAAUGUUCCAUGAGCUUCAUUCAAGUGGUCCAUGGCACGUCUGUAAAAAUACAGUUAAAAAUCAUGCAGCACCGAGCACAGCUGUAACGGGCAGAAAAAUCCUUAAGUCUUCCACCAAGAUCCUCAGCAAAUUUUAAGAGAUCCGUGGGGAACAAAGUUUGGGGAUGACUAUUGCUUUGGAUCAUAUUAGAAUGUCUGGGCCUUGGGUGGGGGGGGCUGUCGGUUUAGCCAAGGAAUUUUUUUUAGUAAUAAUAAUAAUAAUUUAUUAUUUAUACCUCUCCCAUCUGGCAGGGUUUCUCCAGCCACUCUGGGCAACUUCCAACAGAAUACAAUAACUUAUUAAACAUUAAAAGCUUCCCUAAACAGGGCUGCCUUCAGAUGUUUUCUAAAAGUCUGGUAGUUGUUUUUCUCAUUGACAUCUGGUGGGAGGGCAUUCCACAGGGUGGGUGCCACUAUCGAGAAGGCCCUCUGCCUGGUUCCCUGUAACUUGGCUUCUCGCAACAAGGGAACUGCCAGAAGGCCCUCGGUGCUGGACCUCAGUGUCCAGGCAGAACAAUGGGGUGGAGACGCUCCUUCAGGUAUACUGGACUGAGGCCGUUUAGGGCUUUAAAGGUCAACACCAACAUGUUGAAUUGUUCUUGGAAACGUACUACUUAGGUAGUAUAAGAGACACAAAUGCCCUGAGAUCUACGGGUACAGGGUGGUCUACAAAUUUAAUAAAUAAACAGCUAGUCGUAGUAAUGGCUAUGUUCUGCCUCAACUAUUGGAGGUAUCGUGCCUCUGAAUGUCAGUUACUGGGAAUCACAAGUGGGGGGAAACCUGUUGCUUGUUGGCUUCCCAUGGGCAUCUGGCUGGUCACUGUGAGACCAGGAUACUGACUAGAUGGGCCAUUGGCCUGAUCCAGCAGGGUUGUUGCUAUGUUAUGAGGCCACAGAGCAAUGUGAUGGCUAUGGUAUGAUCACAGCACAGUCAUAUUCCCUGCCAGUCAAAGUGAAUAGAUGCUUUGAUGGCCACACCAAAAGUCCCUACUGGCUGCAUCCAGACAUAAUUUCAGUAUCUGAGAAGCCAUGGCCUGGGAAUUGUUGACUCAGUCAGGUUUUAGAGGUUAUUAUCUAACAGCUGUUACCCUGUAGGAACAAGCCCUGAAACUUCACAAGUCUUUGUCAACUCUUCUUGGUUAUUCACAGCUUUCUAUGUUGCUGUACAAAUGUGAACUUUCCUUUCUGGUUUAUACGUGAUCAUUUGGCCAGAACUAAGAGGGGUGAUGCAAGAGUAUUAAGGGGUUAUAAUAAAUAAUAAUAAUAAAUUUUUAUUUAUACCCCACCCUGCCCAGCCUCCAGGGCGGCUAACACCAGGUAUAAAAACAAUUGAUUAAAAUACAACUUAAAAACAAGAUUAAAAUACGACAUUAAAAUGCAGCCUCGUUUCAGUUAAAGUGAGUUCAGAGUUUCAUUUUUUUUACAGUGAUGUAAAAUCUUUUCAUUUUUUACAGCCUAGUCAUUUAAGGCAUUUUAUAAAUCAUCGGUAUCAUAAGAGCAGCAUCAUGCAUUGUUUAUAAAUGAGAUUGUUAUUCUCUUGAUAAUAACAAACAUAUCUUAAUACGCUAUGUUUGAAGUUUUCAUCUGUUUUUAGUUUAUUGUAGAUUUUAAUUAUUAUUUUGUAAUUUUGUAAUUUCUUUAGUUGUUAAUUUGAAUGUUUGAAGGUUUUUUUGAAAACCACCCUGAGGUUCUAUUUACAAUCAAGUAGUAUUUGCAUAUUGUUACAGAGCAUACAUGCAUACGUAUUAGAGAAAAAAUACCUAUUCUGAAAGAUGACUCUACAUAUGAUCUCUGUUAAUCCAUAUGGGAAUAGCCUUCUAUGCAACUGUCUCAAGGCGAUGCAAACAGCAAAAACAACAACAGUUAACUGAUAUAUUUAAAACAAUAAAACCGUAGAAAAUAGCCGCUCCUGGACAAGAACAGAUGGGAAAUUUCCCCUGACCUCAUGCUUUACCAACUGAGCUACCGAGGUGGAUAAUAAUAAUAUUGCAUUUUAUGUUCACAUUUUUAUCUUGACAUUUUAGUGUUGUAUUUAAUUUCUGCUGUGUUUUUUUGGAGAGAUUUUGUUCUGGGACAGUCUAUAAGCAAACAAUCCAUCAGAACAAGGCAGGAGCAACUGUAUGCCUGCAAGUCAUAUAUGUAAUCCAGUCUUAAAUCAAAGACUGAGCUCUCCAUGGUCCUGAUUCUUGGUUGCCUAAUCUAUACUUCCUACACCUGCCCACAACACCCCUUUGGGCUCUUGCUGGAAAGUUAUAUGGUGCUUUAAACUUGAAAUGUAAUGUGUUCCGUGCGUGUUCUGAAGCAUACAUUAGAGGCAUUCAUAACACUCCUUUUGAACAUGUAAUAUGUUUUUAAUCAAAGCGUUUGGGGAAAUUGAGUUAUUGAGUAGUACACUGGCAUGAAGCCGCACAAUUAAUUUUGGAAAGGAAGUGUUUGGAUAAAUUGUGGGUGUGUUGCAUUUUCAGUUGUUGGAGUAUUUUCCUGGCUUGCUACGUGCCAGAUAAUUAAUGCAGUAUUUUAAUAACUAAUUUAUAAAGCCAAACAUGAGCAAAAAUAUUUUGUCUUUCUAAUGUUUGAUUAAAUACGGCUUUGCUCUCCACCAGUCAGCUAGGUAAACAAACUACAGCUUCUUUGGAGGAAGCCAUGACUGCCUAAAAGUAGCAUCAUGGUGCUUUAAAUAUGUGGUGUGUGACUGUGGCCUUAUCUGGCAAAUAACAAACCAAGCAAGCAAGGAGAGUUUCGCCCAUGUGGAUGUGAACUAGUGCAAAUGUGCUCAUUUUUCUCUGAAAAUGAGCACAGAUUAGCAGUAAUGGUUCUGUAAAUGAGAAAAGGAAGGCUAUCUUCACUUCAUCAUACUUCAGCCCAUCGUCAAACACCUGAUACUUUUUAGCAUCCUGUAUUUCCAUUUAUCUGUGCUGACAGAAUAUUCUGAUAAAGAAGCGGAGGUGUUUAAUUCAGUGUGGGGGAUGCUUCAUAUGUUACUUCUAGCAGGCAUAUUUUGCUUAAUAAUCAAGCGAAAGGGUAUCCAGUUGUUUUCAUAUUUGUGUCCCUGCAUCAUUUAAAUUGGAGUCUUUUUAAAAUAGCCCAGUUAUUAAAAAGUGAGUGCAGUGUUCCUUUGUGUAAGAACAAAGACAAAGAAACAACUGCGCCACACAGUCGUGCAGAUAUCAUCAGGUCCACCACGAGGAGAAAUGGAAAUGAAGUGAAAUAAUUACGUUCCGACCCUGUGAUUCUGGUGUGUCCCAAAGGCUAUCAAGUCCAACCUCCCUGGCUGAUGCAGGAAAUCCACUGAGACACAAAAGAGUUCGGUGUGGGAAAGCUGGAUGCUGGGUGAAUGUUCUUAUGAAACAGACCUGCUCCUCUUUUCGGCAUGCAGGAGAACAUUCCAGGGUGUUCACAGGGUCAGUUUCCUUGUAAUGGGAGAGCACUGGAGAGUCACAUUGUCUUGCCAUAUCUGUUGCUGUGCAGGUUUCCAAGCAGAGCACAGAAUCAUAAAAUCAUAGAGUUGGAAGGGACUGCAAGGAUCAUCUAGUUCAGGGGUCCCCCAACUAAGGCCUGCAGGCCAGAUAAGGCCCAAGGGAUUCGUUUAUCCAGCCCGCAGCGACCCCCGACGCCCGCUCUUACCGGCACUGCGUUGCGUGGCUGCCCACUUCCGGGUCGGAGGAGAAUCGGAAACAGCUUGUGCGCAUGCACAAGUAUUAUUUGCGCAUGCGCAAGUGUUAUUUGCACAUGCACAUGUGUUAUUUCCGGUGCACAUCCAGGUCGGAGGAGGCCUGUGCACAUGCGCACAAGCUAUUUCCAGUGCUCCUCUGACCCGGAAGUGCGCAGGAAAUAGCAUGUGCGAAUGCGUAUGGGCACACGCUCCCCUGCCCUCCGGCCCACUGCGCAAUCAGCGCUGGAGACACCAGCCUGAGGAGCAGUAAGUUUGCUGACCCCUGAUCUAGUUCAACCCCCUGCAAUGCAUUUGUACAUUGUUAAAAAUUGAUUGUUUCCAGAGAAUGUAAGUUGUUCAUUUUCCCCAUAUGCAGUAAAACAGGCUUCCUCAAACUCAGCCCUCCAGAUGUUUUUGGCCUACAACUCCCAUGAGCCAUAGCUAGCAGGUCAGGGAAGAUGGGAACUGUAGUCUCAAAACAUCUGGAGGGCCGAGUUUGAGGAAGCCUGUAGUAAAGCCACAAAAAUACUAUGGUAUCAGACAUCCCUGGGAAGAGAGAUUGACUGUUAAACCACUUUGGGAAUUUAAGCCAUAUGUGAGGAAGGGAAAGUCCCUAUGCUCCUUUAACCAACAUAACACUCACCUUUUUUAACCAACCCAGGGUUUUUAGAAGCAAUUUUACUCCUAAAGCAGGCAAUGGACUUGCUGAUGAUGCUUAAGGUUCUGGAAAUUUAGCACUUUUGUCCCAGUUUCAGCCAAAUCCAGCUAAAACUUCUGAUUCUGGCCUAAUUCAGAUUUGAAGGCUGAGACACCCAAAAGAUAAUAACAGCCUUUAAGGAAAAUUGCAGCUUUCUACCUAAAGUCCAUGAUCACCAGUCAGCUGUCUGGUGAUAGACCCAUUCACAAUACUCAAGGUAGUCAAAAAACAUAACAUUUAGUGCCUGUGCUAUCUGCACAUUUGACCUCUUCAUUCUUCAUAGGAAAGCAGAAUUGGGGAGGUGGGUAAUUUUGAAAUUUUUGAAGGGGCUUUCCAGCUACUAUCAAGUUAGUUCUCCCAAUUAAAUGGAAUGCUUCUAAGAAGAUAGAGGGCAAUCAAGGUGCUGCAACAAAACACAACCCCUGCCUUGCACCGACAUAAAAAUGAUUUACUUAAUUAUAUUUACAUCCUGUCUUUCCGCCAAGGAGCUCAAUGUGGUUCGUGGUUCUCCCUUUUCUUUUCUUUUCUCAUCCCCACAACAACCCUAUGAGGUAGGUUAGGCUGCGAGACAAUGACUGGUCCAAGCUCACUCAGUGAGCUUUGUGGUCCAUUGGGGAUUUGAGCCCUGGUCUCCCAACACACUAACCACAACACCACAGUGGCUGUAUGCUUCAUUGCCCACCAAAAAUAAUGAAGAUACAAAUUACCAGAAUAAAACUGAGUGUAAUAAUAUAAGCUGUGGUACUGUCAUGAGUAUCUAAUUCCUAUAUUAAUCUAGGGAUUUGUUUAUUUUUGGCUAACAACACAGAACUCAAAUACACUUUGCUUAGCAUAUUACACACCCACAUGAACAUUGCUGUAAUUAAUGGAGCACAGGAACCUUGCCAAGAGAGACCGCAGACAGGAGCUCAAAGGAAACUCUUAACACUCUUCAAUGUACAGGACAAAGACCUCACGUUGCAAUAAGGGAUGUGCUUUUUGGUGAAUAUUAUCUACUGCCUUGUUAGUUUAGCAAAAGCAUAGGAGGCAAUGACUUAGAUCAAACUCUGGGAAAGUAAAGGGAGCCUAGCACUCUGUCCUCCCCAAAUUACAGACUUUCAGGGUGACAAAAUGUAAGAUAAACUGUAACUGUCUCUUAGUAUCAUUAUGCUCUCUUCUCUACCAACGAGGGCCUCAGUUUUGUAAAGUCCCAUGUCAGUUUCUAAUCUCAAAGUUGAGGGCUUGGGACACUGUGUUCCAUUUCUAGGAAAAGGGGGAGAAAGAAAAAUCUUAUUUUCUUUGCGGAUCCCAAGUUCUCCUUAUGCUGGGGAGGAGACAAAAAAUGGCCAGCAAACAUUUGGAAGCCACCGAGGUAAAAAGAAGCAGCAAUUCCAGGAGGAACAACUAUGUCCCGUGAUAUAAAUGACAGUAUACCAAGCAACUGUACUAGAUUGAAGCAGAUUUAUAGCACAAACUCGACCUAAAUCCAAAUGCUCUGAUUGAAUUGAAGACAAAGGCUGCAAAUCUAAAGUUACUAGGCGUGAACUGAAACAAAUGUCUACACAUAGUUUUGAUUGAUCUGAAAGAGUCCGGUUGCCUCUGACUGAUUGCUUGAUUUUCACAUUUAUAUGCUGUUAUUUUGGCCCUGCCAGAUAUUUAAAUCAACAAUAAAUAUUCCAAAGCCUGAUUCAUCAAACUUAGUAGCUUCAGUCAAUCCUCACAAAACAACCACAGCAAGGAGCUUCAACAAUAAAUAUGGGUAAAUAUAUAACUGUUGCCAAAUAUCCGAAGAAAUGUGGGGGGGGGGAUGUUUUCCUCUCCUUAAAGGGCACAAGCCCAGCAAGUCUGCCUCAAGAGACAAUUCACAGUAGAAAAGAUACUGCCGCUUACAGCCAUCCACUUUACUUUAGGUACUACAGGUAUGCCACCACAUUCAGAUGCAUAGAACACAGGAAGUUACCCCGUACUGUGUCAAACCAUUGGUUCAGCUAGCUGACUGUUGUCUAAUUUAGGGGUAGCCAACACAGUGCCUUCCAGAUGUUGUUGGACUACAACUCGCAUAAACCCCAGCCAGCAUUCAGGGGUGAUGGCGGUUAUAGUCACAAAACAUCUGGAGAGAACCAGAUGUUCUCUCCUGGUCUAAUCGGACCAACAGAGGUUCUCCAGGAUUUCAGAUGAGUCCCAUCCCUACCUGGAAAAGUCAGGGAUCAAACCAGGCGGGUCUUUUGCAUAACUGCUAACUGUGUGAGGGAGAACACACCAUUAGGGCUUUUAGAACCCCUCUUGGGGGAACUAUGGGGUCAGUUUUUGUUUUGUCUUAAAUUAUAGUGGAAUGGAAGAGUGCAGGGGAUAAUGCCGUUCCACCCACCUUCCAAAUAGUGUAUGUGACCUCCAGCCCAUCCUUCCUAGAAGGAUGGAAAAGACCAGCAGGUAACUUACCGUACUUUUUCGGCUAUUAGACACCCCCCAUAUAUAAGACUCCCCCCUAUUUUGGGGGAAUCAAUUUUAAGAAAAUGAGGGGAGAUGGCCCAAAGUUGUUGAGCCUCUCCCCCCAUGUAGCUGUGGGCAGGAAACACUCCCUAGAUCGUUUCCUGUGCUCAACAGCAUCAAGGGAAGUUGCACUCUAGCCAGCCAGCCACUAGUGCCCCCAGAUCGCUCGUCGCGUGCAGUGACAUCUCCCUCCCCCCAUGCCACUAUCAGUGUAUUGGACAACCCCAGUUUUUUGACAUGAUUUUUGUGUCAAAAAACGGGGGUUGUCCAAUGCACAGAAAAAUACAGUAAUAAAAUGUGAAGAAACAGUACGAGCAAUUUAGAUAAAUGUGUCAUUUAAAGUUAUUUAAAGUUAAUCUCUAAAUCUCCAAGAAUAGGAGGAGAUGGAUCCCAGUAAGUCAACCAACCACUCAGAUCUUGUUGGUGCUACCCAACUCCAAUUUACAACCACACUUUUUCAGACCCAGUCGCCGAUCUGCAAAACGGAGAUAAUACCCUUUGCAGGGCUGUUGUAACAAAUACUAGAUCAAGUUUAUGAAGCACUCAAGAACAUUACAUGGAUGAUUAUGAUGAUUCCUAUCUGUUACUGAGAUCACAUCUAAAGAUGACGAUGAUGAUUUAUUAAAUGUGUAUACUGCCCUGUUCCCACAGGUUUCAGGGUGGUUCACAACAUAAAAUCACAAAAUACGUAAAUAAAGAUUCUUAUGUUAAAAUGGCUUCCCUUUCCCUUUGCCUGUUCCUCUGUGCCACUGAGAAGUCUUGCCCAUGUGACUUUUCCCUGUUGUUUUUGUCUUCCAGGUUUUGGCAUGACCACACCGGCCACUGUCACAGGCAAGCUUUUCCUGAUAUUCUAUGGCCUUAUAGGCUGUGCAGGGACCAUUUUGUUCUUCAACUUGUUCCUGGAGCGCUUGAUCACCAUCAUAGCCUAUGUCAUGAAGUCCUGCCGCGAGAGGCAACUGAGGCGGAGGGGGGGCCUUGCCCAAGACAGCCAUCACACUCCUGGGACCGCCGAAGUGGACAGCUUGGCAGGAUGGAAGCCGUCCGUAUAUUACGUCAUGCUUAUCUUGUGCAUUGCGUCCGUCAUUGUUUCCUGUUGUGCCUCUGCUCUGUACUCUCCCAUGGAAGGGUGGACGUAUUUGGACUCGCUUUAUUUUUGCUUUGUGGCCUUCAGCACCAUUGGUUUUGGCGACCUGGUGAGUGGCCAGAACACCCACUAUGAGAACCGAGGCCUUUACCAAUUUGGCAAUUUCCUGUUCGUACUCAUGGGGGUUUGUUGCAUCUACUCCCUCUUUAACGUGAUCUCCAUCGUCAUCAAGCAGUCUGUGAAUUGGAUAUUAAGGAAACUGGACAACACGUGCCAUAGGUGCCAAAGAAAACUCUUCCGGUCGCGAAGGAAUGUUGUGGUGCCAGGAGUUGCCCGGAACCAACGCAACAUAUCCAUCGAGUCAGAUGGUGUCCUCGAGAGUGAGGCAGAUGGGCGCAGGCUGUCCGGCGAGAUGAUCUCGAUGAAAGACCUCUUAGCGUCUAACAAAGUGUCACUGGCCAUCAUGCAAAAACAGUUGUCCGACAGUGCCAACGGCUGCCCCAGAGCAAGCAUCGCUUCUAGACAAAACGGUUUUGCUGGUGGCGUAGGCGCUUUGGGCAUUAUGAACAACAGGCUGGCAGAGACCAGUACGGAUAGAGACAUCCACGCUGGGAGGGGAUCACUGGGUAACAGAUAAUGAAGGGUCAAAAGUCGUCACAGAGACAGAACUAACUGAGCAGGCCACCUUUUGAGAAGAGGUGCCUUUAGUGUUGUUGCUGGCAGUACAGACCUCUUGCAUUUUGCACUGCGCCGUCGAUCCACCCUUGCCCUGCAGACCCUGCCAAAGAACAUCCCAGUGGUGUCAUGUAGUGUAGCUGCAAUUAACAAGCUUCUUCAGCAUGUAUCUAAGUUUAGGUCUGAGUUAGGAGCAAGGGGAAAUGGAGAGAAACCAUGCAGAUGCGUUGCUCCCUUUGUUUUGGCUGGCACCUCAGUCCUGUAAACGCUCAGAAGAGCAAGCAGUAAAAGUUGCAGUAGUAGUCCCAAUCCAAAGAUGUUGUGCACCAGAAAGUGCGGUACAAGAACAACUGUGUGUGUCGGAAGGUGCAGGAAGCAACCGCAUAGGUGGAUAGCUGAAUAGCCUAGCAGUGACUCAUCUGUGGUUUUCAGAUGCUGUUGGACUCCAAUUCCCAUCAGCCCCAGCUGAUCCCCGUGGUCAGGGAUGAUGGGAGUUGUAGUCCAUCAACAUCUGGAGAACACCAGGUUAGGGUGCCCCCCCAAAAUAGCCACUUGCCUUUGAUUUCACUAGUGAACAGUCAUUCGCUACUGGGUUCAAGAGUGACUAGCGCACCUGAGUAGUGUGCUCCUGCAUAGCAAAAGCCUUGUGAAUUUGGAAGUGGAAAGUGGAUCUCUUCUCCCUCAGCUGCCCAGACCAUUUAUCUUUCUGCAUGCAUUGGAAUCCUGCACUAUGUGGCAUGUGCAGAAGACAUAAUUGGGAGAUCUGCAUGCAGUGGCAUCAUGUGUGGGUUUGUGUGCAAAAAAAAGAAGAAAUUUUAUUGCACAUUUUAGGAUCGGUGCUAUUUUUCUAGAAAAAGAAGUGCCAGAAUUCAUCAUUAUCACCUCCCUCGUUCUCUUAGAAUGGCAAUGGCGCCCACCUGAGAGGUGCCGGAACUGAGUUCUGGCUGGGGAAAAAAGCCCUGUUUAGGAUCACAUGUAUCUGAUAGCAAAACUUUGCCUCACAAGGAAAGAUAUGUGCCUAUGUGUCUUUCAUUGUGAGGCAGUGUUUUGCCAUCAGACACACUAGAUUAAAUUUAAGUUAAAUCCCAUAGAGUCACCAGGCACCCAGGUUUCAAAAUGCAAGUGCUCCUAUUAUGAAACUUGAUCCAUAGCUGCUAUCACUACCAUCAAUAGAUCUCUGCAAAAAGGUGACUUUCCCAAAAUCUACAACAGGGGUGGUAAAAUGGAAAAGCGUGGAAAUGAUCAAGAACAAACACAUGUCAAAAUAAUUUCAUAGACUUGCUGUUUACAGUCAAGCCAAAAUAUAAUGUGCCGCUAGGAAGGAACAGGAGAAACGUAACACUGAGCUUUUAUUAUCUAGGCUUUAGCUUUAUAACUUUAUAAGACCAUGAGUUUGGGAAACAGAAAAGUUUCAGUUUGGAGAGGAGAUGCUAGCAGAGGUCCUUUGGGAACCGUAUUAAGGCCUGCUUUAUGAAAACAUUUUUAUUAAUAACCACAGGAAGAGCGUGGGAGUGUGCUGUUGCAACCUGAACAUGACCCUAACUUAGAAGGUACUGUAAUUCUCCAAAGGACUGAGAAAUUACGCGGGACUAAUUGGAUGGCCUCAUGAACUGAAAUGAUAGAAAUGGAAUGAAAAUGGGCAUUGCAAAAUGUAAGGCCAUGUAUUUGGAAGCAAACAAUAAAAGAUGUUUGUUACCUGCCGAAUUAGUAGUUAAAAACAACCCACAGAGAAAAUGAUUUCAGGAUAUUGGUUGAUCACAAAGUGGCAAUCAGCCACCAACAUGACACAGCUGCAAGAAUGGCAAGUAUAAUGCUUAGAAGUAUUAGGUGAAAAAAAAAUAGUAGUAUAGAGCACUUUUAGUAUAAAGCCUUGAUUUUGUUUUCCUCUGUGAGGAAUACAACCUAUCCGUUAAAACAGUUAAAACUUUCUUCUUCUUCUUCUUCUUCUUCUUCUUCUUCUUCUUCUUCUUCUUCUUCUUCGUACCCCACCCAUUUGACUGGGUUGCCCCAGCCACUCUGCGUGGCUUCCAGCAUAUACAAAAACAUAAUAAAGCAUUGAACAUUAAAAACCUCCCUAUACAGGGCUGCCUUCAGGUGUCUUCUAAAGGCUGUAUAGUUACUUAUCUCCUUGGCAUUUGAUGGGAGGGUGUUCCACAGAGCAGGCACCACCAUCGAGAAGGCCCUCUGCCUGGUUCCCUGUAACCUCACUUCUCACAGGGAGGGAACCACCAGAAGGCCCUCAAAGGAGGACCUCAGUGUCUGGGCUGAACGAUGGGGGUGGAGAUGCUCCUUCAGGUAUACAGUUAUUACAGCAAUCAGGAGUAACAUCGAAAUCCCCUCUGCUCACAAAAAUGGGUUGGAUCAAGCAUCUGGGAAACUGCAACAGGUAGACCAAGCUGUGUGCAUACGCUGUAAUGUGAGCUCUUUGAGGCCUUUGGGUUGUGCCAUACAGUAAAUGGUUAACAACAAAUGAAUUUGAUUUGGCACGGAUUCCAGUGAUAACUUCUCAAGGGUUUAUCACAAGUGUCCUUGGACAUGAAAUGCUUUGGCAAGUUCCUUUUUAGCAUUCAUGUAACUUCAUCCCCAACUUGGUUCACAUAUCUUGGUGAUGAUAAUGACAGGGUUUUGAUUAGGAAAGAUGGAAACUCCUAAUUCUGCUAAAUGAAACAACCCAAGUGCUCAUUAUGAACAGGUGGGGACCUAAAUGAGAAUGGCUUUAAUAGUGAGAGAAAGACAGGAACAGGAAAUUGGGUGGAUCAAUAAUGGCUGGAGGACGUUAGAGAACAGUAGAACAGAGAUAUUAAAAAGAAAAGAAGUGGUUGCGGGGGAAAUCAGAGCCACAUUCAUUUACUCCUGUGCAAAGCUAUUAAAACUGAUAAUGUUUGCAUGGCAGUAAUUGAACCAAAAAAUGGAUUGAAAUUAAAUCCAAAAUGCAGUAUGGGAAUGGAAGGCUUUUCAGUUAUGUGCUUUGGACAUUGGUUUGUGAGUUCACAAAGGCAAGCAAAUUCUGUUUAGGAUGAGCCAGAGGUUUUGUAGGAAAGAGUCACUGAAUGAAGCAAGAGGGAGGGUUUGACUCAGUGCUUCUAAGAAGGAAGACACAAGCACCACUAUUCCUCCUGCUGCAACAUAAAUGCCAAAAAAUUUAUGUAAUAAACAAAGAGAAAAAGAACCUAUCCAGUUGAUGCUGGCACAAAACCCCACACAUACACUAUGUAAAAGAAUAGAAGUUUCACCACCCCUGCUCUCCCCUCUUUCUUCCUCCUGACCUUAUACUGUCCACAACACUAAUGUCUCAUACCAAAUGUAACUGAUCUGUAGAAAAGACUUUACAACCUGAAAAAAGAGACAAUGCAUGUACUUUUGUAAACCAAGAAAACCUUUAAUAAAAAUUAUAUAUUCCCCCCAAAAAAAUAUUUGGACAAACUCCAGAAGAUGACAUGAAAAUGAGAUCAACCCUGAACAAUGAAUGAGCUUCUUUGGUG